CCCUAGUGUAGUGAUGUGUUGAUGGUUUCGGUUUCGUUUCUUGAGGCUGACACGAUUUCCGCAUAUCGUCUUUAGUGGCUGGAUGAUCACUUACGUUUACUACACAAUGAAACUCAAAUAGGCUACUUUGAAACAAUAUAGCUAUUUCACCAAAUCUCACCAGCUGCUCCCAAUCACAUAUCACCAUGAAUUUAAGAACGCGGAGACAAAUUGGACUGGAUUUUUAUGAAUUCUUGCAAGAAACAAAUCGAACAUCAGUCAAUGACAAAAGUGAACUCCGAGACAUCUACAACUCAGAGUUUCGAAACAGGUAAAUGUAUCUUCAUCAAUUUCUCUACCUGACUCUUGUCCAACAAUUUGUUCAAACUUGGAGAGACUUGUUGACAAGUCCCUUCGUGCACCCUCUUUGACUUCUAGUAAGAUUUUAACCCCCAAUAUUUCUCAAAAAUGUCACCAUCAUUGUAAAUCCCUAGUUUGGCUAUUGUUUCUAUAAGACCUUUAUUCACAGGGGUGUUGGGAAAAAAAUACACUUUUAAGCCACAUUUUUAUAUUUUAGUCAACUUGUCUAGUCAGAUAGGCGUAGGCUAGGCCUGCAGCUUCUCUUCAGUCAACUUGCCCUAGAAGACAAAUAGAUUACAAUGCAUAAAUCGGUACUCGCAAGAAUGUCUUAAAUGAUAUAAUUUAAUGCAAUCAUCUGACAUCUGUAAAGCUUUCUCUUUCAUAGUUGUUCCUCUCGACCGCACCAGGGAGAACGCAAUAGCUCUAAACAGGGUAGCCAAAAUAUUCUUCCCUUGCAAACAUGUUGAUUUAAAAGCAGUGAAAACAAACAUUCAUGUUUCUAAUAAGAAUGAACUUCGUCAUUGAUACAUAUUCUACGUGGUUGAAAUACUGAGCUGUUAUGUAAAUGGUCAACCGCUGAAUAAGACACCCAUAUUUGCAUUUGUUCGAGGUACUGAAAGAAAUCAAGCUUACUAUAUUGCGCCACUCCUUUAACCCAGACAGAAAAAUAACAUUUGGUGCGUCAUUGUACUGCACGAGUUCAUUUCUUAUUAGGUUACAUGUGAGAUGUUAUAGGCCUGUCAGUUUCCAGAUUUCAGUUAGUAUUCCAUUGAAUCAAUCUCAAGUUCAAAGUGAUCAUUUUAGCUCUCUCGUAUCAGCUCUCAUUUGUUGGCAAAGUAAACAUGUUCUAAUGCGAUUUCGUAGUCUCUCACAAUAUCACAAUCUUUCACAAUAAACAAGUCAUUAACAAUACUCAAAGUAGGCAUAGUAAUAACGACAUUAGUCUUUCAGUGUCAUAUUUAAGUAGGCAUAGUAAAACUUAACGUUUAUUUGUUCUGAACAUACAGCAUACUUUACAUAAUUAAAUAGUAGCUAUACAUUCAGUAAUGGCAGUGUAGUACAAUACAGUUAAUACUUGUAGUGGCGCAAUAGAGGCAACUGUGGUGUGGGUGUAGAGAUAUGCAAAGAGUCAUCUUGUGACAAGAACAUGGAUGGAAUAGAUACUUUAUUGUCCAUUAGAACGGAAAUUUGCCUUCUGCUUUUCCCAACACCCUGCAGUGCAGCACCCCUGGGUGGAGAGCAAUUGUGGGGGGUUCAGUGUCUUGCUCAAGGGCACAGUGGCAAGAGAUGGUACAUGGGAGCCUUCCAGCUGCCAUUUUAGUUCCAUACCCAUUUUUGUGUCAUCCUGGGCUUGAACCAUUGUAGUCAUGGCACCCCACUCAUUCAUUGUUCCUGUAGUAGCCUAGACCUAGAUCAGUGUUUCCUAGUCCUAGAGACCCAAAGAGGUGCACAUUUUUGUUUUUGCCUUCGCACUAGCCAUCUGAUUCAAAUGAUCAACAUAUCAAGCUUUGACAAUUUGAAUCAGCUGUGUAGUGUUAUGACAAAAUAUACAGUUUGGAGAGGCAAAUCAGCAGCUGGAAGAUUGCUGGUUGAAGCCCCAGGCCCGGCAACACAAAAAUAGGAAUGGAACUGAACUGGCAGCUGGAAGGUACCAUCUCCUGCCAAUAUGCCCUUGAGCAAGGCACCUAACCCCCCACAAUUGCUCUCCAUCCAGGGGCUCUACACUGCUGCUGACCCUGUGUCAACUUGUGUGUAUUUGUUUGUGUUGGGAAAGGGAGAAGAUACAUUUUCCAUUCUCACCAAUAGAUUAUAAAGUUGAAUUAAAUGAUUCUAUGGAGUCAUCCAUGUCUUUAUCCAGCAUAUUGUCCAUCUAGAGAGGGAUAGACAGCCCUGACAACACAAGCUGACUCGCCAUGUGACACUCCAGGAAAAAUAUGUCUGCCAUCGAGCAUUAUUGUCUGAAAAAAAGGACAACACAUUCAACUCCUCUGCACAGGCAUUUGUUUAAAUAUAUCAACACAAUGUUGAUGGGACACAUUUCACUUUGAUUAUAACCCACAGACACCCAAGAUGAAUAUGAAUUGAUAGCCUAGGCAUCUGAUGGUGCUGCCUAGGCUAAUAAAUUGUCUAAGCCAAAUCGUCCAAGUUACUCGUCCUCAUCAAUAUAUAAUAAUAAUACUGGACAGAUAUGCAUGCCACUUUCUCCUAGUAGUAGUAGAUACAUUAGGCUUAUGAUUAUGGGAUGGCAUUUCGAUAGAUACUGUAUCUAGCUAGCUAGCUUGCCUAAAGUUAAGCCUAAUAUAAAAUAAUGUAGCUAGCCUAGCCCUCCCUUUUAGUUAUUUAGCUAGCUAGCUAGCUAGCUAGGGUCCGUUACAGGGUUAACUGGGCAAGCCCCUAUGGUAGCUUACCUACAAAUCAAAUCAAAUUCCUGUUGCACAAAGUUAGCUUUUUGGGUGGCAUAGCUUUAAACAGAAAAUACAGCUAUUGCUAGGCCUUCUGACACUGAGUGGAACAGAUAGAUAGCUAGCUAGUAGAGUAGCUAGACAAAUAACACAAUCAUGUUACCUGAAAUAAUAAUAUAUAAUAUAUGCCAUUUAGCAGAUGUUUUUAUCCAAAGCGACUUACAGUCAUGCGUGCAUAAAUGUUUGUGUAUGGGUGGUCCCGGGGAUCGAACCCACUACCCUGGCGUUACAAGCGCCGUGCUCUACCAGCUGAGCUACAGAGGACCAAAUGCAGCUGAUCCACGCACGUCGUUGUCCUGUUUCAACAAACCCCAACACAACACUCAACCCUUAGCUACCCCUAGUAGCAGCUAGCAAAACUUCUUCUUCUUGUAACGUUCCAGCAGACUAGACGCUUUGUGGUGUAUUGCUGACUUUCACAGGUCGGAGUGCGAAUGACACAUUUGGGACAGAAAGAGGGAAGAAGCAGAAGCUGCUGCUGCUGCGUCGUCUUCUUCUAUGUUAUCAUGGCGGUCCGCAAACAAACGUUUAAAGUGCAUGACACCACCUACUGUGCUGGAAUGUACGAUCAAUCAUGAUCUGUCCAAUUUUGUACUACCAUGAAAAUAAAAUGUAAAACCAAAUAAAUCCCUACUAACUUCUACCACACCCUUCCCCCAAACCCCCCUACCCCAUUAAACCUUAUCUAUAUCAUGCUGAAACACUCCACCCUUAGGAUUGUUCAGCAUGUCAACAACCAUUUCAACAGUAACAUCUGUUACCCCCAUCUCCACAAUAACCUUCAACCUGGCAUUUCUGCUUUCCACAACCCGAGUCAUAUUGAUAACCGUACCAAUAAAAGCUAUGACGUCAACUUUAGUCAUUAUCAAGUGUCCUUUGACACCACACAUUCAUGAGCGCAAUAUUUCUGAACAGGCCUUGAGACCAUGCCAGGAACAGCAGAAGCACCAGUCCCGACAGUAGGUCCACUUGGUACAGGAACAUCCAUGUAAGCUCCAUCAGUCUGCACUGUAGUUCUACCAAUCUGUCUUACAGCCUCUGCAUAUGAUACAUCAUGACUGACUCUAUAUCUCUGAGCCUCUCUAGCCCCUCUCUGCACCUGGCAUCCACCAAAUGCUGCACUGUGCUCUCCCCCACAAUUACAACACUUAACCUUCACAUUGCUUCCACAUUCACCGUAAUCAUGUUUCCCUCCAUACUUGGUACAUCUUUUCUUUCCUUUACACAUGUCCCAUUCUUUGGCAUUUAAAACACCGCAGUGCAUAUUAGACACAUUCUCUAACAUUGUAACUAAGGAAUCCUAUCUGUACUCUUCCCAGCAAAACAUUCUCAAACCUCAGCAUCACUGAUAAGCUUUCACUUCUUUGACCCUCUUUCCUACUGAUCAACCUUUUGGCCUCAAUCACUCUGCCUCUCUUCACAUUUUCUUUCAUAUAAUCUAUGGACAUAGAUAUUGGAACCCCAUUGAUGACUCCCCUCAACCUAGCAUAAGCACCAGGUUUUGCAGAACCUUUUCCAUUUGCAGAAUCUUCCCUUGCUGAGCCUGGCUACCACACAAUAUUAGCAAUCUACCAUUUCCAAUUAACCGGGGUAGUUUAACUUCACCUAUCUCUUCCUCUAAAGCAUUAGUUAGUCAGAUAGGGUGUAAAUGAGGCCCUGUGGUCUCAUCAAACACCAUCACAACGUUCCACUCCGACACAUUAUGAAUCUUACUUCCUACCGUGACCCACUUUUUGCUUUCAAUACAAGACACUCCACCACUUUCAGUAUCAUGAUCUCUCUUCUUCCUAUGUCUUUCCACUACAGACCAUUCAGAUCCUUGACUCUCAUCCUCCCACUCCAUAUCAUCAGAACGGUCACCCAUAUUGAUCGCACUCCAGCACAGCUGUUGGUUCUCCAACCUUCUCUCCAUUUCUUCCAUUUCGUCCACACUACUCGCCACCAUUUUCCUUCUAUGCGGUCUCCCGGCCGAGCCAGGCAUCUUCCCUCAACUCGCCCCUGGACAAAAGAGGGGAGCUAGCUAUAACCACUGGCUAUAACUUGUUGAUGGCUCUCUUUACAUUAAAAACAAAAAUCUUGUGCCACGCAACAGGAAGUGGUCAGAGGCCACGAUUCAACAAUCAACAGUUCUAUAAUUUUUGUCAAAAGGUCUAUACUACUACUACUACUACAAAGUCAUUUCUGAAGAUUAUAAUUUAUUUCAUGUGAUUAGUGAUUAUUUACACUGAACAAAAAUUUAAACGCAACAGGUAAAGUGUUGGUCCCAUUUUCAAAGCUUAUUUCUCUAUUUUUUAGCACAAAUUUGUUUACAUCCCUGUUAGUGAGCAUUUGUCCUUUGCCCAGUGCUUAAUUUGUAAAUCGGGAGGUCUCGGAACACAUAGUAAGCACGAGAGGAGAGGAGAGGAGAGGAGGAGGGGGGGGGGGGUGGGGGGGGGGUUAUCCGGGGGGCUCUGAGUUACCGGAACACAUAGUAAGCACGAGAGGAGGGGGGGGGGCUUAUCCGGGGGGCUUUGAGUUACCGGAACACGUUGAGGGGAAAAAAGUGUCAAACACAACGUAGCAUGCCAAGUAGCCUACUAUCUAUGGUGGUGAAACGGACAGCACUCUCCAAGGUGCUAAUUAAUUCAAAGCAUUUUAGACGUCACUGCAGUAUGUCCACAUACUUGAGUAUAGCUGCGGGGCUUACACAAAUCCGAAUUUCUUAUAGCCUAAUUUUCGAGACAUCAAUGUACAGCAACAUUUUUAGACGACACUGCAGAACACCCGCCAUAUGCACACAUACUCCGCUGUGGGGCUUACAAGACCUGCAUUUCAUAUAAUUUUCAAGACAUCAAUGUAGCCGUAGAACAAAUAUCCCAAUAUCGGAAUAUAACUUCAAAUAAAAUAAAUCGAUGUAGGCUACAGCAGAACACACACAUGAGAAUAUAUAUGCCUCCUGCCUAUGUGAUAAUAUGAAGCACAUAUUUAGAUUACAAACUUGUUCUGUGCUGUGAAGGUAAAGGAAGAAAAAUGUCCUACCGUAGUUUUCAAAACCUCCCACAAUGACUCUCCCCAUGUCAAGUCCUGAGAGUCAACUUCUUGCUCAAUGCCAUGAGCGGGCAUGUGGCUGUGAUGUUUAGCCUCCUAAGGCUGUUCUGAAGACUCUAACUGUAGUGUCUAUUUAAAAAAAAAAAAUUUAACCUGGCUUGCUGCCACCAAAUGCGCCAUUCAGGCAUGUUCAAAAACCUUUUUUCUGAGGGCUCUUUGUUUUUUGUUUUUUUUACGUCUGAUGCAUAUGAUGUUCAUUUACUCUACAUUCCACCCAUUCUUUUGCUAGUUUAAUCCAUCCAGUCAUUUCUAGACCCAAGCUCCCUACCUUUUUGCAUGUUGUCAAGCCCAACUUUGAAUUCUGCAUGACAAGCCAGGGGUUAUAAGUUUGCUUGUUCUUGAACUGCAAAUUGCACCUGCUCCGAGCACUUUGUUGGUGGAUGCACUGCCCCCCUCGCCCCCAGUCUCCCUCUCCCGCUGAGUCUGACUCGCUAGUAGGCCUACUAGCUAGUGGAGGUGCCGGUGGUGAUGCUGAACUGGCGGGAUUAGCAUCGCCAUCAGGAACAGUUUGCCCCUCACUCCUCUCCUCCAGCACUGACAGUUCUCUGGCUCGUUCUGGGUUCGAUACACCAUCUUUCUCAGGAUUUUUGGACUUGAAAAAUGUCAAACUCGAUUGUCUUUCCUUACACAUUUUUUAUUUGGCUUUCCCACGAUUCAAAUUCAGUAGGGAGACGACUAGACUAGGCUACGUUACGUGAUUCCGUAGGGACCUCUUCACUAGCUGACCACCACUACCAAGACCUGUAUCAAUAUCAGUUACUUACCCCACUGGCCCUCCCCAUAACCUAUAUGUACGAAUAAGAGAGCAGGUCUGGAAUCAGUGUGGCAGGAUAGGAUGAUUACAUAGAAGGAUCACCGCGCUUUUACAUUAUGGUCUUUCUGGGGGGUGGGAGAAAUAACGUGGAGGCAACGUGAUUUAAUGCUUAUCGCUUUUAUUAGAAUGUCUACAGUGCGAACAGUGAAAUAAUUAAUAAAUCAUGCCGCGAGAGGUACCGGAUCUGGGCAAAUAGGUGCCGGAAAAACUGUCAAAUCUGAGAGGGCAUCUGGCUCAAAUUAAGCACUGCCUUUGCGAAGAUAAUCCAUCCACCUGACAGGUGUGGCAUACAUAUCAAGAAGCUGAUUAAACAGCAUGAUCAUUACACAGGUGCUCAUUAAAAGGCCACUUUUAAAAUGUGUGGUUUUGUCAAAAAACACAAUGCCCCAGAUGUCUCAAGUUUUGAGGGAGCAUGCAAUUGGCAUGCUGACUGCAGGAAUGUCCACCAGAGCUGUUGCCAGAGAAUGUAAUGUUAAUUUCUCUCCCAUAAACUGCCUCCAAAAUAGUUUUAGCGAAUUUGGCAGUACUUCCAACCGGCCUCACAACCCCAGACCACGUGUAACCACACCAGCCCAGGACCUCCACAUCCAGCUUCUGAGGAGUAUUUUGUGGGGAAAAACUCAUUCAGAUUGGCUGGUCCUGGCUCCCCAGUGUGUGGGCCUAGGCCCACCCAUGGCUGCACCCCUGCCCAGUCAUGUGAAAUCCAUAGAUUAGCGCCUAAUGAAUUUAUUUCAAUUGACUGAUUUCCUUUAUAUGAACUAUAACUCAGUAAAAUCUUUGAAAUAGUUGCAUGUUGCUUUUAUAAUUUUGUUAAGUAUACAUCUGUCCCUCAUUUUAAGUUCAACCUUGUUACAUGAACUGAACUCUCGUUUUAAUAUGGUGAAACUUCCUUUAAAAAUAUUUUCUUCAAAAGAAACAUUGAACAUAGUCAAACCAUGAGCUGGUUCUACUUUUUUUGGCCAUAUGCUGGUGUUUUGUGGUGGAAAACUGACCGGGUCGAGUAUAACACGUCAACCCUGUUACCCAUAAAACAUUUUAUGGGUGAAGCUUGCAUUCAAUUGCCACUCCCGGUUGUACACAAAUAGCUUCGAGUUACCACUGGCUAAAUCUAUGACGUUAAAAUGCCUAUUUACUCUGUUCCAUCUGACUGUGUAAUCCACUGUCUCAUCAGCCCUAGACAUUAUCUCACAUUUUCUUUUAGACUAACAUUUUGUUUUCAACAGCGGAGAUUUGUAUAAACCUUGCUGUCUUUCUCUCCGACAUUUGCAACAUUGUUUCAAUUUUCAAAUUCGACCUCCAGCUGUCCAAUAGUAGCCUAAUGAACGUGUUGGGAGGCUUCGUCUUGGGCCUAACAACACCCGUGCCAAUAUAUCCUCCAAACACAGGCUUCUCAGGCAUUAUCACUUAAUUAUAGGCACUUACUAAAGUAUUUUAAAAAAUUUACCUCUUGAGAUGUGAAAACAAGUCAGUUUUAUUACGUUUUCUUGUUUUUCAGUCAACAAAGAAAAUGCAAUCAACAUUCACAGAUGUGGCAGACAUAAAUAAUAUAAUAAAAAAUGAAACAACAGCAUUAUCAGUGAUCAUGUUAGAUAUUUCCAGCUUUAGCUGCGAUAACUAGAACAUAAUUAGUUUUACAGCACCUUACACAUCAUGUAUACAGACACAUUUCCUUAAUUACCACAUUCACUCUGUCCAGUUUGAAAUAUAGUUGAGUAGUGGAGACCGAGUCUAUCGAACCUGGGUUGUCUCUUGCUGAGGUCAUAAUUUAGCUUUUCAAGAGGAAGAAAGUCAAGAAACUGGUCAAUCCACAUUUUAAACGUAGGAGAGGAAUCAGAAGCCCACAUUUGGAGAAUACAUUUGAAAACAUGUUUUUUUACAAAGUUGAACAUGUGCUCUUUAUGACAAUGUUUUUUUUGACCAAGUUACACUUCUCAAAAGGCACAGAAUUGGUAGAACGACCCGUUUGUAUUUGGACGUGACUUGUCUGAAUGGAUGGGAGGUGUUGAUGAACACUUCUGAAUUUGAACCUCUCUCUCUCUUAGGGAUGGAGUGAGAGACCCUAACUUCAGUUCGAUCCUCUACGCUCUCAAGCUGUCCAAUAAUGCCAAAGUCUACUCAGGAGUGGUUCACUUCAAACCAAAGGUAGGCCUACAACACUAGCCUGGUACAGACUUAUAUUAACAUAUGCCCCUGGCCUGGUAGCUUUGGACAGGGUGUAGGUAGGCCUACUUAACUAUACAGUGUGCCAUGGGGAUUCCAGGGUGUACAGCGCCACUUUAUGGUGUUGCCAGUUAGGUUUAGCAGAGCCCCCACACACACACACACUGUGGUCCAUUGUGUCUUAUGGUCACAUGUUAAGACGUGGAACUACUGACUCAUAAGGGUCAUUGGGUUACUGUUGUGUUCCUCAACCAGCUCACCAGUUGUGCGUGUGUGUCCCAAGUCCUGGUUCACGAUCGGCCCACACCCUGUCCAGCUCAGCUUUUACAACCUGUAGCAACCUGGCAAUCGAUACCAACCACAUCCUGGGGUGUGUGUUUCAGUAUGUUACAGCGUCAACAUUGUCGAAGCCAAACAGAAAGGGAAAAAAAUAAGACUGAAAAAAAUUACCAAAUGACUCUGCUGUGAUGGCAGAUAUAGGCAUGGCACUAGACUAAAGAGACGGAGGAUUGAAUUUGACCCCUGUGUGUGUGUGUGUGUGUGUGUGUUGGUCUGCAGGUGAGGGAGUUCUGUCAGGACCAGUGGCAAGGACCCCGGGGAAAGGGGCGUGGCCAGAAGCAGCAGGGGGCGUCUAGUUCUUUUCCUGUUCAGAAUGGAGGCCAGGUGAACGGGGUGGGGCAGAAGAAUGGGGUGUGUGUGGCGCCCUCACCUGGCCCAGCCCAGACAUCACACACCCCCAGGAGAGACUGGAGACUGGCCAAUUACAUCCUCAGGAAGUUCAACUCUGACAGGUGAUUGGUCCAGACAUGGAGCUGUUUGUCUUUACCUUUAUUCUACAUUCAUCAGGUCCUUAUGGAUCCUCGGUGGCCCAAUCCCAAAUGGACCCCUAGACCCUAUAUGCCCUAUGGACUGCCAGGAUUUGAUAGGUAUAUGCAAUAUGGUUAAACUUCCCCCUUUCAGUGAGCAUGUGGAGUUAUCAUAUUGCUCACACCUUUCAAAUCCUCUCUGAUCUCGGCCAGUGCAUAGGGUCUAGGGUUCCACUUGGGAUUGGGCCUCUGUGUAAUGUGACUAUCCUAACCCCUGACCCCUACCCCCUCAGAGCGGAGUUGAUCUCAGACCGUGGCGGUAUAAGCAUCACUUCUGAUCACGUUGUUGUAGACGGCCUGAUCAAGUUCAGUCUGGAGAGUGAGACAGAGGUAAGACCAGACCUUUAACCCUGACUCUAACUCUGACCCUAAUGCUGCGUUCAUAACAUCUCGUAAAUUCCAGCAUACGACUGGGAAAAAUCCACUUGAACGCCCCUCCAACUGGUAAUUACUAGUGGGAAACUCGUCGAUCAUCUCUGAACUCCGACUUCUCCCACAUGAACUCUGAAGUCACAUACUAAGUGAAUUACCUCGAUAACAGCAUUUUCGGCAGUUAAUUGCAACAACAAAUCAUUUGUUUUUUAUAAAUAUCUAUUCAUAUGGUUUUGAACACUAAUUUUUGCCAGCAUAAUUGCUGUACUUUUAGUUUAUGUUUGUCAUAUCAGCCAAUUGGCGUUCUCGACAACUUAAAAGCACGUGAACGCACACAACUCGUUUCUCCCUGUUUACAAGUAGUAUUUUGCGAGUUUCCCACUUGUUAUGAACGCAGCAUUACCCUAGCAUCAUUUAAAUUGGGGACACACAGGGAACGCUCAGCACCCAACACCAGAGUUUUUCCCCACAAAGUCGACAUGCAAUUUAUACUGGUGCGGCACAUGCAAAUCUAAAGUGAUAGCAGGUCGGGCGACAAGAUCUGGGAGAAUGGGAAUAAAAGGCAUCCAACACGAGGUCAGACUGUUCUGAACUCUAAUUCACAUACAGUGGGGGAAAAAAGUAUUUAGUCAGCCACCAAUUGUGCAAGUUCUCCCACUUAAAAAGAUGAGAGAGGCCUGUAAUUUUCAUCAUAGGUACACGUCAACUAUGACAGACAAAAUGAGAAAAAAUAUCCAGAAAAUCACAUUGUAGGAUUUUUUAUGAAUUUAUUUGCUAAUUAUGGUGGAAAAUAAGUAUUUGGUCAAUAACAAAAGUUUCUCAAUACUUUGUUAUAUACCCUUUGUUGGCAAUGACACAGGUCAAACGUUUUCUGUAUGUCUUCACAAGGUUUUCACACACUGUUGGUGGUAUUUUGGCCCAUUCCUCCAUGCAUAUCUCCUCUAGAGCAGUGAUGUUUUGGGGCUGUCGCUGGGCAACACGGACUUUCAACUCCCUCCAAAGAUUUUCUAUGGGGUUGAGAUCUGGAGACUGGCUAGGCCACUCCAGGACCUUGAUGCUUCUUACGAAGCCACUCCUUCGUUGCCCGGGCGGUGUGUUUGGGAUCAUUGUCAUGCUGAAAGACCCAGCCACGUUUCAUCUUCAAUGCCCUUGCUGAUGGAAGGAGGUUUUCACUCAAAAUCUCACGAUACAUGGCCCCAUUCAUGCUUUCCUUUACACGGAUCAGUCGUCCUGGUCCCUUUGCAGAAAAACAGCCCCAAAGCAUGAUGUUUCCACCCCCAUGCUUCACAGUAGGUAUGGUGUUCUUUGGAUGCAACUCAGCAUUCUUUGUCCUCCAAACACGACGAGUUGAGUUUUUACCAAAAAGUUCUAUUUUGGUUUCAUCUGACCAUAUGACAUUCUCCCAAUCCUCUUCUGGAUCAUCCAAAUGCACUCUAGCAAACUUCAGACGGGCCUGGACAUGUACUGGCUUAAGCAGGGGGACACGUCUGGCACUGCAGGAUUUGAGUCUCUGGCGGCGUAGUGUGUUACUGAUGGUAGGCUUUGUUACUUUGGUCCCAGCUCUCUGCAGGUCAUUCACUAGGUCCCCCUGUGUGGUUGUGGGAUUUUUGCUCACCGCUCUUGUGAUCAUUUUGACCCCACGGGGUGAGAUCUUGCGUGGAGCCCCAGAUCGAGGGAGAUUAUCAGUGGUCUUGUAUGUCUUCCAUUUCCUAAUAAUUGCUCCCACAGUUGAUUUCUUCAAACCAAGCUGCUUACAUAUUGCAGAUUCAGUCUUCCCAGCCUGGUGCAGGUCUACAAUUUUGUUUCUGGUGUCCUUUGACAGCUCUUUGGUCUUGGCCAUAGUGGAGUGUGACUGUUUGAGGUUGUGGACAGGUGUCUUUUAUACUGAUAACAAGUUCAAACAGGUGCCAUUUAAUACAGGUAACGAGUGGAGGACAGAGGAGCCUCUUAAAGAAGAAGUUACAGGUCUGUGAGAGCCAGAAAUCUUGCUUGUUUGUAGGUGACCAAAUACUUAUUUUCCACCAUAAUUUGCAAAUAAAUUAAUAAAAAAUCCUACAAUGUGAUUUUCUGGUUUUUUUUUCCUCAAUUUGUCUGUCAUAGUUGAUGUGUACCUAUGAUGAAAAUUACAGGCCUCUCUCAUCUUUUUAAGUGGGAUAACUUGCACAAUUGGUGGCUGACUAAAUACCUUUUUUCCCCACUGUAUAAGAGACGGUAGUUAGUCGUCCCACAUAUGUAAAUCUACUUUUACCCUAACCCUAAGACCUGACAGACCUGUGACAACAUAGUAGCUGUUUUCUUUCAAUGACUUUACAGGAGAAACUAACAAACUCCUCCCCUCCUCCACUCCCCUCCUUUUCUUCUCUCUCUCUCUCGUCCCCCCCCCCCCCCCCCCAGGUGUACGUAGUUCGUCUGUUCCUAAAGAACUCCUCCUCUAGUCCUCUCUCCUUCACCUACUACUCUGCUCUGCACAGGAUGACCUGCUUCAACCUGCAGGACAUGCACAAAGUCACCCGCAACAACCCUCUACAGCUGGGACCAGGCAAGACACGCACACAUACGCACAGGCAGGGCCGGAUUAAGAAAUUGCUGUCUUGAAUUCAAACAAACAAUAGCCCAGGCCAAUGAAGCGACACAAAGAUUGUACAAUAUUAGGAGGCAGUAUCUAGAUCAUAGGCUACUAAAUACAAUUUCCAGUGGCACACUAACUCACCUAUGGCUUCAUCUUCGUCAUUCGGUGAUGGCCGAUGCGCUUGUCGUGGCAAUAGCCUAUCUCAAGAUGAGCUACUUUGAAAGCAGUGCUGCUGUUAGUUACAAAUUGGGAGUUGUUGAGAAAAAAUUGGUUCUACAGUCAGAUUAGUCAUCUCUUUUCAGAAGUAUGCAUUUGCUUUCCAAACUGAAUGUUUUUCCCACGAUUGUAUUUAGAAAUCUGCAAAAGGCAAACCAACAGCUGCAACCAACCAUAUAAAUAAAAUCCAUAGAUGGCAGUUCAGAUUCAAGACAGGACUGGCAUCCAUUGCUAAUGUACACAUGAGUUUAACAGUCAAAUUGCCAGUGUAAGAGGGUACAAAACCCUUCUAUGGAUUAUAUAUAUAUGGCCACAACACAACAAGUUGUAGCCUAUAUUUGGCGUGCAUGCUGCCCAAACUGCUGCCUGUAAGCAUACCGGUAACUGCCCAAAUAAAGGAAACACUUGAGUAAACAAGGAAUACAAAGUAUAUGUUAUGGUGUGGGAUGCAUUUUCCUGGCAUGGUUUAGGUUCACUUGUAGAAUCUAUGCCAAGGCGCAUGAAGGUGUUUUGGCAACUCGUGGUGGCGCAACACCCUUUUAAUGGACUUUAUGUUGGUGCUAUCUUAAUUUUUGCAGAUACCAGUAUGUGCUUGUGAUAAAACUUAAUCCACCAUUUUUUUUUUAAUUAUUGAUCCUCUGUGGCUAAAUUAUGCUCUUUGGUGUAUUUUGAACAUUGAGAGCGGGUUCCUGUGGUUGUAUUUUUAAAAAAAAAAUAGUUUUUGCCUUAUGGGCCACCUGAAUCAAUUGACCAGUCACAUUUAUUUAUUAUGCAUUUCAUUUAAAUAUUUUCUUUAAUCAGUUACCCAAUAAAGGCAGGGCCCCCCAAUUACCCACAAGGGCGCCCUACCUCCUCUCCUCCCCCCAUCUGAUGAUUAGCAGAGCGGCAGCAGGCAGUAGCAGGCUGUCUUAACUCAUUGAGAGCGGGCUCCUGAGUCUUCCUGUGGUUGGCGGUUGCAAUAAAACAAUAUAAAAGAUAUACUACAUACAGGAUAUAAUAUAUAUAUAGCGUAGAAUCCCGUAUUAUCGGCAUAUUCAACAGCGUUUAAGAAAUAUAUUACCUUCAAGUGUUAUCUUGUGAUCAAGCCUUCAAUGUUUUGUGAUUAUUGGUGUCGUAAAAAUGUUUGCUAACGGUUUAGCAAUUAGCAAGUUUGACAUUUCAUUUGAAAUAUUACUGUUAUCUGCUUUUGAUAAGCGGUUUAGCAAAAAAAUACGUCCCGUAUUAUCUGUAUACGGCCCCCAGUUAUUGGGCACCUUACUAUUUUGUUCAAUUACAAGAUAUAUCCGUUUAAUUUGUUGAAAAAAGAGACACCAACCACGUACCCGAAGUGUUUACUAGAUAGUUGACUAGUUGGCUAGUCUUCCGGUAAAAAAUAAUUAUUUGCCUGUCAACUUUUCAUUGCGUAGCCCGGUGCGCCCUCUUGUGGAUUCUUAAAAAAAAAAAUAUUCACCAACAUAUUCAGUGUUGUAACCAAAUGAAAUAUGAGUAUUAAUAAUUUACAUCAAAUACACUUUAAUUUCAGUUAUGUGCAUUAACAUAAAACAAUGAAAACACUGUUGGAGUUUGUGUUGCAGAGGUGCACUUGGAAAGUAAAGGAAGAAAUACACAAGAUGGGUUCAAUAAAUAUAUAUAUUAUAUUUUAGACAUUUUAUUUUUUUGAACAAAUAAAUAAUUUCAUAUGAACACAAACAAAACAAACAAUUAAAUCUCGACCUCCAUCCCUAUAUUGUCACAAAAACACAAUAAAAAUCCAGCUCCACCGCUACCUCUUGAUCCCACUGCACACACCUGCAGUGGAACCAGUGCUGGCAAAAGUCACAGCACACCCAUGGCACCUCGGAUCUACACCUGAGAGGAGCUUGCAGGCGGAUCACGCUCCCCGCAGCGAGCACAGCAGGUGGUGUCUCCUUUUAUAAAAAAUUAAAUAAUAAUACAAAUUGAUUAAUAGGGUUUUGCAAAAUGUAGAAGUUCUUCAACAACAAUAGUAAUUGAUACAACUGAGAGAGCGAGAAAAACAGAUUAUGAAGUACCUGAGAGUGGUGCCAUGGGUGGUGUGACAGAUGUGACCGGUGUAGCUUUUCUCUUCCUUUUCUGUGCUGCAGUUUGAGAAAAAGUAGUGUUAGACAGAGCAUGUUGCAUGAAAACCCUUUUCAACUUUUUUACAUCAAUACCUCUGGAGGAAGCUGCAGAGGUUUUGGAGGAGGCGGAGAUGACUUGAGGGCUCCUCCAAAACCUCUGCUUACAACAUAGUGGUGAUUGAACAUUGAUUGGGUGAUCACAAUUGAUUGAUUGGGUGAUCACAAUUGAUUGGUCGAAUAAAUCACCAUCAGUCACUGAUUACAACACUGGCUAACUGUGAUACUUUAUGAGCCCAUAAGUGGUGGUGGAACUGUUACUGCUGACAUUUGAAUACCACCACCUCCACAGGUAAACACAUGUUAAAUUACUAAAAAAUGACUGUUUGUUAUCUGUUUUAUAAAACAGCAAUGUAAAACACAUAUACAUACAUAUAUAUACAUAUAUACAUAUAUAUAUAUAUAUAUAUAUAUAUAUAUAUAUGUAUAUAUAUGUAUAUAUAUAUAUAUAUGUAUGUAUAUGUGUUUUACAUUGCUGUUUUAUAAAACAGAUAACAAACAGUCAUUUUUUAGUAAUUUAACAUGUGUUUACCUGUGGAGGUGGUGGUAUUCAAAUUGCAGGGGGCAGGGACACCAGACGAGGCUGCUAUGGUGGUGUGACCAGGGGAGACGGAGGAGGCAGUUGGUCCAGAGGAGGCCGUGUUGGUGGUGACAGACAUGGGGGGUGGUGUGCAUUGGGGUGGUGGUGGACAAAACCGCCGACGAUGGCUUGGAGGAGCUGGUGUUUGUAAUGGUGGGGUUGAGGGGCCGACGAUGGUGUGGCCGGGAGAGUAGGCAUGUGGCCUUCUUCUGCAGCUGGGGACUCCGGCGGCUCCUACAGGUGUUGCACACUGGGAGGCACUGGCAGUGGUGAUGCAGCUGUCAGGAGUGGUUCCAGCAGGGGGUCCAGCAGAGGCGAUGGCGUCAAUGGUCUCAUCCAUGGCAGCCCUCUCCUGUGCCCUCUGUGUUCUGAGGGCUGCCCGACGCUCUUUCUCCUCUGCCCCGGCCCUCUCCUUCUCACCCCUCUCCUGCCACUGACGCGUGUAUUCCUCCCCGGUGAGGCAUGUGGCGACCACAGGGAGUCUUCUGUAUCGGUCCAGCCGAUACUUCAGGACAGUAAGGAUGUGCCCCAGGUCCUUCGCUAUCAGCCCCCCCUCUAUUAGGGGGUGCUCUUCUAGAGCUAGGGAUAGGACUGGAGCAGCGACUGGGGCAGGGGCUGAGGGUCCUCCUGUGGUCGCUGGGGAGGAGGUGCUGAUGGAUGGCACAGUGCUGCUGGUUCCAGUAGAUGCGGUGUUGGGACCCGGUAGGGUCCGAGACGGCAUUAAACGGGACCCUUCAAUGGCUGAAGGGUCAAAAGGGAAGAGGCCACACUUCUUAAACCCUUCCACCACAUAGCGCAUGUCCUUGCAUCGCUGGUACGGGUAGCGGAAUACUCUGGCAAAUUCUGAUUUGUUUACCAUGUAGGAGUGGUCAAAAUGGCUAAGGUCUCCAGCUACCUUGGAGAACUCAGCCUUUAAAGGGCCAAAGUAUGCCACGUCCAGCGGCUGCAGGACAUGGGUGCAGUGUGGUGGAAGACAAAGAAGUAUAACCCCUUCCCUUAGUGCCACCGCGAGCACUUCCGGGUCCAUGUGGCUCUUGUGCCCAUCGAAGAAGAGAAGGAGAGGGCGCUCUUUCACUGCAUACUUAAUGAAGUGCUGAAACCACUUCCUGAACAGGUCCCCGUCAAUGUAGCCACUGCUUGACCGUCCAUACAAGGCUUGGGGGGGUCCUCCCAGUGUGUAGUGGCCACCGGGGAAACACUUGGGGUAGAUGAUAAACGGGGGGACGUCCUCCCCAGUUGCGUUGAAGCAGGCCAGCACUGUGAUGUGCUCCUUGGUCCCCGGAGCCUGCUGGAACACGUGUUUUGCGCCCCGGGGAGCCAGCACUUUGUGCCUGCUCUGGUCGCUACGAAACCCAGACUCAUCGCAGUUAUAGAUUUGUCUGGGUUUCUCCCUCAACCCACUCUCCUCCAAGUGCUUCUCAUAAGAAGUGAAGAAGGUGUCCAUCGUCGGACGUGUGGCACACUCAGCUCUCCCCCUAUCCAGGGUGUCCGGCCUCCUCAUGCUUAGGUUCUUGUGCCUCCUCCUGAACAUUUCCCACCACCUCUUCCCCAGUGGUGGGAUUGUUUCCCCUGGGUGCCGAAACCUACAAUAGAAUAUAUAAUUGUCCAUCCAAGAUGAAAAUGUUUGUUUUGGCAUCACCAUACACAUCCACAUUUACAUCACACACAUUGAGAACAGUCAGUCCACCAAUCUACAUACAUAAACACAUAGAACACCAAAUACCUGCGUAUUUUGUCGGCGUAUUUCAUCAGCCUCUGUCUGGUGAAGGGGAACCCAUGGCUGGCGCAGUAGAUACAGUACUGCACCAGAGACUUUUCAUCCUCUGGUGCAAGCAAUGUGGGUGGUCCACUGCGACAACCAUGGGUCACCCGGCCGCUCAGCCUGUCCGCCAGCGUCUGCCGAGGUACACCAUGCACCUUGGUAGAUAAGAAAAGAAAACUGUUACUAGCAGAUAAAAUUCACAUACACAUGGUAAUCUCCUAAAAACAAAAGAUGCCUAACCUUGGCAGCCUGGCGGAUAGCCAUCCCUGCCCCGCAGUCCUCCAUGGCAUGGAACAUGUCCACCUCACUCCACUGCUUCCUCUUGACUUUCUCCAUGCUGCAGUGGUAAAUACAUGUAGCUAAGUAACUUGGCAUACUAUACACAUUUUAGAAAGAUAACUCAAUCUGAAUAUGUAUAAACAUUUACAUUUCAAAGCUAAGGCAUUGAAAGGUGAUGAAAGUUUUCACAAUAACUAAAAGUGUACCCAUAUUUUUUGUUUGAUGUUAUCUGUAAUGAAAAUUUGUGUCCCAAUUAGUGUAAUAUUGAUGCAUACAUUGUACCAUUUAACUAAAUACUGCCUCUAUGUAGCUGUUGUAAGAUGAAACAUAGCCAACAGUGAUAGGUGUUGAAAAGUUCAUGGUUCAAAGUUCCAAAUACAUCUUUGCAGAUUGUGCAAAACGCCUCCGUCAGAGGACUCCAAUUUUGAUACGGUAAAGCUUGACAACAUGCAGCUGUUUUCGUGAUAUGUAUUAUCUAACACUUACAAUUUAUUUCCUUUUUGCUUACUUAGCAGUUCUAUCAACAUUUAGCAACUAAGAUAGCAACAUUAGAAAAUCCGUUAGCUAUAUUUCAGAGGUAAAAAGUUGGAUAUUAAAUUAGGUGUGGUCUGUCGCGCAGUCGAAUUUUACAAUAUGCAGCGUGUUCCACAAAAUGUGUACAUAUAACUUUUUUGAAAACUCUCAAAACCUAACUUAACUUACAUAAAUUGCACUGAAAAUCGGUGGUCAGCUAGCUAAAAGGGUGUCGUUAGUCACAAAACGUACCGUUAUUUUUCAGUCCAUUGAAAUGUUGAGCUCGAGGUGAUUCAGUCCUCCAACCGCUAGAGAGUGUCCGAGGUCAGGGGGUGUCUGAUGUUUGGGGAAAAUUAGCUACUAUAUAUAGGCAGGCACACACGCAAAAUCACCCGCAACAACCCUCUACAGCUCCAACCAGGCAAGAGUUACACAACCCAAAUAGCUCCCUCAGCCUUCAUUUUGGCGCCAACCCUUCAAUGUUUACAGUUCUGUCGGGUCUAGACAGCUAUAAGUGGUGAAGUUUCCACCAUAUUGCUAACACCUUACCGAUCUACAAGCAUUAAAGGGUUAGGGCCAAAAGAAGGCUCAGGGAGCCUGACACAUGCUGGUGCACACACACACACACACACACACACACACACACACACUCUCUCUUCUAAUGUUAUUAACCCCCUCCCUCCCUCUCUUCUCUCCCUCCCUCUCUCUCUCCUCCCCAGGUGACCAGUAUGAGGUGCAGCUCCAGUUCCGGUCCAGCCUCCUGGGUUUCUAUCCAGCCACUCUGGUCUUUGAGUUUAAACCCUCCCUCUCCUCCUCUCCUGCCUUCCACCUGCUGCGGUUCAUCGAGGCCCAGUAUGUGACGGGGUUGGCCAGGGAGCUGGCCCCGACUGCGCCCUACCGACCUAGAGCUAUCAUCAGCGCUACAGCUUCUCUGCCUUACACUGUAGAGGACGGGGAACCACCUGAGAGGUAGGUAACACACACACCUGGUAACACACAUCUGGCAGAACACACACACACUUGAUAAACACCUUAUAGACCCUGAACCGUUACCUCUACAGCCUAUCUGCUUUACAGGGAGAACCACCUGAGCGGUAACACACACCUGAGCAGACAGAUACUUUUUUUUAAACCCUGACUCUCUCUCUCUCUCUCUCCCUGGUUCACCCUGGUCCACCACUAACACUCUUCUCCUCUCUCCGCCUCUCCCCAUCAGUCUCUCAGCCAACAGCCCAUAGCCCAUGGUGCACCUCCAAGACGACUAUGUUCCAGACCCUAACCCUAACGUGUGUGUGUGUUCAGUCUCUCAGCCAACAACCUGAAGCCCAUGGUGCGUCUCCAGGACUACAAGGUUCCAGGAUAUGUCAGAGAUCUGAUCAAGUUCCUCAAUGGAUACUACUCCUCCUCUACUCCUUUACUGGAUGCUCAGUGAGUACCUCCUCCUGUCUGUAGAUCAUCCUGCCGGUGUACAAUAUGGGUGUUGUGAAUGUCUCUUCUCUCUACUUUCUCUCUCUCUCUUCCUCCCCCUCUUCCCCCAGGUCUGUCCUAGAGUCAGGUCUGAGUAGAGAGAAUUACUCUAAACGGUUCCAGCUGCUGCUGUAUCUGGAGGAGCUACAGAUGGAGGUGGACAUUAAGAGAUACAACAAGCCCAACACUCCCAUGGUCAGAGACAAGACCAACAAGAAACUACUGGUGCUAGAGGUACACACAAACACAGAUGCACGCACACAUGGUCAGAGACAAGACCAACAAGACUGGUGCUGCAGAUCAGGACACACACACACACACAAAAACAAACACUAGGAACGUAGCUCCUCCUCUACUAGAUGGUGCAGGGUUUAUCUCCAGCCCAGUGUGUUGUGUGCUCCUGCAGGUACCAGGUGUGUCAGAGAACCGUCCGUCUGUCCUGCGGGGCGACUCCUUCCUGGUGACGAGGUCAGAUGACGCUAAUAAGCGGGACGUGGUCAAAUACCGUGGUUACGUCCACCGUGUGGAGCUGGACUCCGUCAAACUGGGAUUCAACAGCAAGUAAGGACAUGAUUGGAGGAGGCUGCUUCCUGAAGGGAUCUUAUUAGUCAAUAGCUCUCUCUAUUCAUGGUUACCAUGGUUCUCUGGUUACAUUCUGAUUCUCUACUCUUUCUUCAAAAGUGUGCACUCGUUCACUCCACCUCAUGCAUUUAAAAGCAUUGGAUUAGUGCAAGCAUGGCUGGAGGGAGUUUCCACCAUAUUCCUUACACCAGUUAAUUCCUUUUACACUGCUACCCUGACCCCUCACACUAAAUUAUUACCUUGCUCUGUCGUUUGUUACAGACUUUAGUCUGAAUCUGCCAUCAUUGAAAGUCGUUUGGGUGACGUCGUUUGCGGUGAAAACAAGGUCAUCAGCGAUUGGAUCGUCUCUAACCAAUCACAGUAUCAAAGCCAAUAACGUACUUCGAAAACGCAGCUUUACCCACGUGUGUUCUGGCUAUGGCCCAACACAUCAGUUUCUGGAACCAAUCAGACAGCCCAAAUGUGUUCACAUUCAGUGAAGGGUCUAAAACAUUCGUCUGUGGGCGUGGCAUAGUGUUUGAACGGAUUAAGGAUUCUGAGUAGCCAGGCAAGUACACUUCGGGGGAGAAGGGCUGAGAAUCGGAAUGUAGCCUCUGUCUCUCUAUCCCCCCAACCUUCCCCCUCCAGGUUGCUGUCCUCCUUCGUGGAUGGUCUGAGGUUUGAUGUGGAGUUCACAAUGAACCGUCUGACCACUAGGCUUCAGCAGAGAGCAACAGAGCUGGCUGACAGACACAGCCUGGGGAACGUACUGUUCCCCUCUGGAGAUCAAACUAUCAAACUACCCAAAAAACAACCUCUCAAGUGAGCUCACACCACCCAUCUGCCCGACCCACACUUCCUUUUUGACCUUUGACCACCGAGCCUUACACACUAACCCUUAUCCAAAAACCCUGAUAUAUAACCCCUCUCUCUCUCUCUCUCUCUCUCUCUCUCUAUGUCCCUCUUUCUCUCUCUCCACCUCCCCCUCUCCCUAGGUUAUAUGACAAGGCUCUAGAGCAGAACCCAGAACAGUACACAGCAGUCCAGAACAUCGUAGCUGGAUCCUCCCGACCGGCUCCUUACCUGGUGUUUGGACCACCUGGGACAGGUAAUAUAUGUUAGUGUGUGUGUGUGUGUGUGUGUGUGUGUGUGUGGGUGUUAACGAACUCAGUUAAAGUGUAUGUUUUAUUAGUCGUAUGUUCGGAAUACGCAUGGUACUGCAUAUACAUCGUCCAACGAAAUGCUUACUUGCAGGUUCCUUCUCGACAAUGCAACAAGAAUAAGAAAUAAUAAAAGAUAAGAAUACGAACAUAAAGUAAAUGGCAGUAGAAUAGAAUAAACAUUUUAGCAUAAGUAUAAUACAGGAAGGCACAAUUUAUAGUCCAAUAUUUACAUGUAUAUUGGGGAUGGGGGGGGGGGGGGGCAAGUGUACUUAUAAAUUGAGCAGUAAAGUAAGAGUCUGGUAGCAGUAGUUGUGGUGUGUGUGUGUGCAUGAGUGAGUGCAUGUGUGCUAAGGUGCAGAGAAUCCGAGCAGGUGGUCAGUCCAGUUCAAGUGUUCAGGAGUCUGAUGGCUGCUGACAGUAAGGAAGAGAACAGCUCGUUUCUAGGAUGUGUGGGGUCGUUGAUGAUGCUGCGUGCCUUCCUCAAGCACCGUUUUGAUUAGAUGUCCUGGAUGGGUGGGAGCACAGUCCCAGUGAUGUACUGGGCAGUCUUCACCACCCGCUGGAGGGCCUUGUGGAUGGAGCAAUUCCUGUACCAGGCCGUGAUGCAACCGGUCAGACACCUUAGGAAGUAGAGACUCUUGACAAGAGUGGUGGUGCUGUCCAUAACAAGACACCGGUGAACUUAAAAUAUGUGACUCUCUACUGCAGUCCAAUUGAUGUGGAUCAGGGAAUGUUCCCUCUUCUGCUUCCUGAAGUCAACUGACAUUGAGGGAGAGGUUGUUGUCAUGACACCACAAUGUCAAUUCACUUACCUCCUCCUAUAGGCUGACUCAUCGUUGUAUUUGGUUAUCAGGCCUACAUCCGUGGUGUCGUCAGCGAACUUGAUGAUGGAGUUGGUGUCGUGCAAAGCCACGCAGUUGUGGGUGAACAUGGAGUACAGUAGAGGACUGAGGGCACACCCGUGGGGCGGGCCCCUGGGUUAAGAGUCAGUGUGGAGGAGGUGUUGUUGCCAAUCCUCACAGCCUGUGGUCUGCUCGUCAGGAAGUCCAGGAUCCAGUUGCAGAGGGUGGUGUCCAGACCCAGGGCUCUGCGCUUGGUGUCGAGUUUGGAGGGAACAAUAGUGUUGAAUGCUGAACUGUAGUAAAUUAACAGCAUUCUCACAUAGAUGUUCCUCUUGUCCAGAUUGAUGUGUUACGGCCAUGUGGGACGAUGAUGGUCUUCUUAAAGCAGGUGGGACUACAGCCUGGGACAGGGGCAGGUUGAGAAGAUGCCCUCCAGCUGGUCAGCACACACUCUUGAGGACGCGACCAGGGAUGCCAUCUAGGCCGGCAGCUUUGUGAGGGAUUCACUCUUUUGAUAGUUUUCCUCAUGUCAGCCUCAGAGACAGAAAGCACCUGGUCGUCCAGAGCAGCGAGGGUCUUCCUGGAUGGCUCAGUGUUGUCUGCCUCGAAGCGAGCAUAGAAUGUGUUAAGUUCGUCUGGGAGGGAGGCUUCAGCGGGUACCGCCUAGCUGGAUUUUCCUUUGUAGUCUGUGAUGUCUGUAGUCCUUGCCACAUGCGACGCGAGUCUGAGUUUUCGCACAUCAAUUCAAGUUUGAGUCUGUAUUGUCUUUUUGCAUCCCCGAUUUGCAGAGCUCGUACCUGCUUGCCUUGUACGCGUCGCACGCCACCUCAUCAGGGUUAAUUCUACUUCAAUGCUGCAGUACGGGCUCUCAGCAUUGUACAGAUAUCUCCAUUCAUCCAGGGUUUUUGGUUGGGGUAAAGUAAUAAUUAACGCAAAAAUAGCCAUAAAAAAGCAAAGUCGAGCAGGAACCGGCAAGACGCGUGCCCUCCUCAGCAUCGCCAUCUUUUAUACUAAACAGAAAUAUAAAUGCAACAGACAAAGUGAUUUCCUUCUAUGAACUGUAAUUCAGUAAAUUCUUUGAAAUGGUUGCAUGUUGCGUUUAUAUUUUUGUUCAGUAGAUUUUAUUUUUGCCUUGUGGUUAGAGUGUCUGCCCUGAGAUUGAAAAGUUGGGAGUUCGAUCCCCGGCUUCCAUACCAAAGAAUGUAAAUGGGACCCGAUGCGUCUCUGCUUGGCACUCAGCAUUAAGGAUAGAUUAAGGAGAUAGUAAGACGCUGCGAUAGACUAGCUUCCUGUCCAGGGGAUGUAAUUGUACAUCAAGCUGCCUCACACUACAAAAACAGGAGACGGUCUCAUGCCUUUAUGCGCAGUUCUGACUUACUUAUGCUGUGUGUGUGUUUGUUCCCCCCAGGUAAGACUGUGACGGUGGUUGAAGCUAUCAAACAGGUGCUGAAGACACAGGCCCACGCCCACAUCCUGGCGUGUGCUCCGUCCAAUAGCGCGGCAGACCUGCUGGCUCUGAAGCUUCUACAACACCUGGAACACAGGAAGCUGUUCCGGAUGUAUGCCGCGUCCCGUAACCCUAAUGAUGUGCCCAAUGAAAUACGGGUGGGUAUGUAUGUAUGUAUGUAUGUAUGUAUGUAUGUAUGUAUGUAUGUAUGUAUGUAUGUAUGUGUGUGUGUGUGUGUGUGUGUGUGUGUGUGUGUGUGUGUGUGUGUGUGUGUGUGUGUGUGUGUGUGUGUGUGUGUGUGUGUGUGUGUGUGUGUGUGUGUGUGUGUGUGUGUAUCAGUGUGAGGUUUGUAUUCUGUGUGUGUAACACGUCUCUCGUGUGUGUGUCUCUACAGGCCUGCUGUAACCUGGAUCAAGAUUGCUUUGUGUUUCCCUGUAAAGAGGAACUGAUGAAGUACAGCGUCAUGGUCACCACCCUAAUCACUGCCGGACGGUAAGGAUAGCCACUAGCCGCUAACACCGGAGUUCCCCAUAGACCAGUGGUAACCAACAUUUUCUGAGUCAAGAUCACUUUCGCAGUCAAAAAGCAAGCCAAUAUCUACUGUUCAGUUGUUUUUGUUUUUUUACAUGACUUAAAUGUAAGCCUAUGCAACAUUAACCUAAUAAAAACAGUUCUGUAGGAGAAUGAGCCUAAUACUAUCACAGCAUAUUGGCUACAGUGAGGGAAAAAAGUAUUUGAUCCCCUGCUGAUUUUGUACGUUUGCCCACUGACAAAGACAUAUCAGUCUAUAAUUUUAAUGGUAGGUUUAUUUGAACAGUGAGAGACAGAAUAACAACAACAAAAAUUCAGAAAAACGCACGUCAAAAAUUUUAUAAAUUGAUUUGUAUUUUAAUGAGGGAAAUAAGUAUUUGACCCCUCUGCAAAACAUGACUUAGUACUUGGUGGCAAAACCCUUGUUGGCAAUCACAGAGGUCAGACGUUUCUUGUAGUUGGCCACCAGGUUCGCACAUAUCUCAGGAGGGAUUUUGUCCCACUCCUCUUUGCAGAUCUUCUCCAAGUCAUUAAGGUUUCGAGGCUGACGUUUGGCAACUCGAACCUUCCGCUCCCUCCACAUAUUUUCGAUGGGAUUAUGGUCUGGACACUGGCUAGGCCACUCCAGGACCUUAAUGUGCUUCUUCUUGAGCCACUCCUUUGUUGCCUUGGCCGUGUGUUUUGGGUCAUUGUCAUGCUGGAAUACCCAUCCACGACCCAUUUUCAAUGCCCUGGCUGAGGGAAGGAGGUACUCACCCAAGAUUUGACGGUACAUGGCCCCGUCCAUCGUCCCUUUUGAUGCGGUGAAGUUGUCCUGUCCCCUUAGCAGAAAAACACCCCCAAAGCAUAAUGUUUCCACCUCCAUGUUUGACGGUGGGGAUGGUGUUCUUGGGGUCAUAGGCAGCAUUCCUCCUCCUCCAAACACGGCGAGUUGAGUUGAUGCCAAAGAGCUCGAUUUUGGUCUCAUCUGACCACAACACUUUCACCCAGUUCUCAUCUGAAUCAUUCAGAUGUUCAUUGGCAAACUUCAGACGGCCCUGUAUAUGUGCUUUCUUGAGCAGGGGGACCUUGCGGGCGCUGCAGGAUUUCAGUCCUUCACGGCGUAGAGUGUUACCAAUUGUUUUCUUGGUGACUAUGGUCCCAGCUGCCUUGAGAUCAUUGACAAGAUCCUCCCGUGUAGUUCUGGGCUGAUUCCUCACCGUUCUCAUGAUCAUUGCAACUCCACGAGGUGAGAUCUUGCAUGGAGCCCCAGGCCGAGGGAGAUUGACAGUUCUUUUGUGUUUCUUCCAUUUGCGAAUAAUCGCACCAACUGUUGUCACCUUCUCACCAAGCUGCUUGGCGAUUGUCUUGUAGUCCAUUCCAGCCUUGUGUAGGUCUACAAUCUUGUCCCUGACAUCCUUGGAGAGCUCUUUGGUCUUGGCCAUAGUGGAGAGUUUGGAAUCUGAUUGAUUCCUUCUGUGGACAGGUGUCUUUUAUACAGGUAACAAACUGAGAUUAUGAGCACUCCCUUUAAGAGUGUGCUCCUAAUCUCAGCUCGUUACCUGUAUAAAAGACACCUGGGAGCCAGAAGUCUUUCUGAUUGAGAGGGGGUCAAAUACUUAUUUCCCUCAUUUAAAAUGCAAAUCAAUUUAUAACAUUUUUGACAUGCGUUUUUCUGGAUUUUGUUGUAAUUCUGUCUCUCAAAUAAACCUACCAUUAAAAUUAUAGACUGAUCAUUUAUUUGUCAGUGGGCAAACGUACAAAAUCAGCAGGGGAUCAAAUACUUUUUUCCCUCACUGUACAUGCUUGGCCUGCCAUCAUUUUUCUUCUCAGACCAUAUAUACAGUAUAUAUUUAAAAACUCAAGUUUUGAUAUCAAAAUAGAUCAGUUGUUGAAUCACUUGCGAGGCACAGCUGAAGAAAAAUGUAAAUAAUUUGCCUUUUUAUUUUACUGGACUGAUGGUACCUGCAUCUGAUGGUCAGUCUCAGCAGAGCGAAGGAGAGAGCAGCACAGUGUCUGCCUCUCACGGUCCCUGCUCUCUCCUUUCCUCCGGUGAGACUGGCCAGAGAGAGGGGACACGUCAUCCACCUGAUGGCGACACUUGAGUCGCAACGUUGUUCCUAUGAUCAGAAGAAGUGAAAUAUUCCUUGAUAUUAAAAUAGACACAAUGAGCUUCUAAUAAUAAAAAUGCCUAUCGCUACAUCUUAGCUAAUAAUUAAUUGCAGCUGCAGCACGAGUGGAAGUAGGGAGAUGUGCAUUUUAUGUUUUUGUAAGUGUAGAAUAAAAACGUAAACAUGAACUCACUCAUAAAAACAGCAGCUCUUUGCUGUAUUCUUUUGAUAGUUUCUCAUUGGCCAUGGUUUUAAACGUUAUGAAAUCUCGACUAGGCUAGUAUCAGACUGUGCUGUGGGGUCAUGGAAGAUGUACUAGGCAUUGUGAUUUGAGCUGUCCGAUUGGCCAGCGCAGUAGGCGCACUUGAUUUAGCCACAGCUCCUGGUCCGCCGGGUAGGCAGAAUUUGUUCCUUCAGACAAAUUAAAUGGUUCAACAUGGGAACACUUUGGCUACCCGGCGCGCAGGGCUUCUGAAUCAAGUGCACCUACUGCCAAAAGCGCAAGACGAAUUAAAAAAGAAAAAUGUUUGUUGAUCGACUAGGAGUGCCUGAAGAUCGCGAUCGACCGGUUGGUGACUACUGCCAUAGAAGGAUGCUAAUGCUAGGCUAAUACUAGGAAUCCCCAUAGCGAGAUACUAAUGCUAAGCUAACUUUUGUCCUCCGUCUGUCUCGUGUAUGUGUGUGUUCUCCAGGUUGGUGACAGGUGGUGUUCCUCUGGGUCAUUUCAGUCACGUGUUUGUCGACGAGGCAGGACACGCUGUUGAAACAGAGACCAUCAUACCACUGGCUGGUGAGAGAGGGAUGGAUGAAGAGAAGGAGGGGGGAGGGGAGACAAUGGCCGUGUUAUAAACUGGGUGGUUCGAGCCCUGAAUGCUGAUAGGUUGAAAGCUGUGGUAUAUCAGACCGUAUACCACAGGUAUGACAAAACAUUUAUUUUUACUGUUCUAAUUGCAUUGGUAACCAGUUUAUAAUAGCAAUAAGGCACCUCUGGGUUUGCGGUAUAUGGCCAAUAUACCACGGCUAAUGGCUGUAUCCAGGCACUCCGCAUUGUCGUGCAUAAGAACAGCCCUUAACCGUGGCAUAUUGGCUAUAUACCACACCCCCUCAUGCCUUAUUGCUUAAAUGUAUCAUGGGUCAAUUGUGACUGACGGACUGAUUGACAAAUAAUAGUGAGUAGUUAUUUAUGAUGGAAGGUGAUUUGUAAUCAGUCAGUCGGCAGUCACCUGCACUGUGUCGGCUGCAAUGUCGAACAAGCCCAAUAAUUUAACUGUGUGCGUGUAGGGCUGCUCCAACCAGAGACGGGUCAGGUGGUUCUGGCUGGAGACCCUAAACAGCUGGGACCCAUCCUCAGGUCUCCUCUGGCUCUGAAACACGGCAUGGGUCAGUUCUUCUUCCUCUUCUUCCUCUCCCUUACUCCUUGAAAAUCCUUUGACAUAGAAGAGCAGAUGGUAGAGGCCGCUAUGAUUCUGAGGACAUUCUUUCCCCUUCUCUUUUAGGUGUGUCUCUGUUGGAGAGGCUGAUGAAGGGUGUGAGUCUGUAUCAGAAGGAGGAGGAGACAGGAGCGUUCAACAACUGCUACGUCACCAAACUACUGAGAAACUAUAGGUAUGUAAGCUCUCCAGAUCAGGCUGGUUUAAUGAGGCUAGCACGAGCACUUUGGGAGAAAAGGAUGAGUGUUGGAACUAGGGAGGCAAAUUUCGGUCAAUUUUGCUGCAGACUAACCAACCCUCAUUAACCUGUCAACAAAUGGUUAAAUUUUUUCCAAACAAGUAAAAUGACGUGACCAACAGAAAAUAAUAUGUGUGCAUACUAGGAACUUAAAUUGUUCAUUAAGAGCUUAAUGGCAACAUGCAAUAAUAGCAAGCCUAUUAUCUAACAGUCAAAAGGCUAUAGCCUAUUAUUGAACAUGCAACUCCUGUAAUGAAGCAGCAAAAAAAACGUCCUUUUCAAACGUUUGCCAAAAGGGAAUUUGGGGGAAAACACUGCACUAAACAGCACACCUAAUGCGAGCGGUUCCAUAUGUGACAGAUGAAAAUCUCCAUUCAAAACUUAGAAAGAGGGGGAAUCUAAUAGCAACAACUAGAAUGUGUUGCUAAUAUGACUAGGAUUGUGCCUUUGGCUUCUGGACAAUGUUAAUAUAUGAAGACCAAUAGAGUACGAGUCAUAAUACCCAUACAACCUAGCAGUCAAACAAGGAAAUGGUUCCAAUCAUUUUUCCACCAUUCAUUUCUCCCAUAGGGGAUUUUAGAAACACUUAAAAUAAGGGCUGUGUUUAGUGUAGGCUUACCCUGGCGUGACGUUUUGAUAACCGUGUAAAUCUCUCUAGGACAAGGUGACUUCUCAAUAUAUUCGCCUGUAUUUACCCUCCAAAAUAAAAUGCUAAUUAGCUGCUAAUGUGGCUAUCAUAAAGAACUACAAAUGCCAUGAUGAUCUGUACGAGACUGCCGAAUCGAGGCAAAGAUAAGAAUCUCUGGAUGAACUAUCUAAUGUUAUUACCUAUACACUUGAAUGGCAAAUGGGAAGAAAGCUUUAAUUACGAGUUGAGAUUGAGAAAUAAAAAUAGCAAUUUGUUAUCGUGGCCAUCAGCACAGUUUUUAACAUGCGAUUGCAUUUGGAAUUAUUUGUUGCGCAAUGACUGUGCUUACAAAAGGACAAUUCACUCCAGUACAAGCGUUUUGAGUAGCUGCUAUCGCGCUGUCUGACAGGUGAUAGGCUAUUCCGCUCCUCAAAUUAGGUUCUGUAUGCUGUGCACGUGAUAAGAUACAUGACGACUAAUAAAAUACACACAUGCCAAUUGAAUUAUGCUAAUUAACCUAUAGACCGAUAAGUAUGACCAGUCAAAUAUAUUUUUGUGGGUUAACCGUUAGCAUCCCUAAUUGAAACUCAGUGUGUUUCCUUUCAUUCUCUUCCCUUCCCUUCCCCUCCCUCCCCAGGUCUCAUCCCUCUAUCCUGAAGGUGCCUAACGAGUUGUUCUAUGAGGAGGAGCUGCAGGUGUUUGCUAACGAGAUGAUCCGGAACUCCUACUGCACCUGGGAACACCUGCCUCAGAAGGUACACACACACUGUAUACACACUACACAGACAAACACACACACACGUGCGCUGAGGUCUCAGCGUAAAGCCCAACACCAUUUAAACCACUAGGAGCACCAUCGAGGACCACUUUGUAAAUGAGUGUUUUAAUUAAUGCUUUCAUGUGUCAUCCUCUGGGAUGAAAUGCACAUCUUGUGGUCCAAAAUAAGACUUGAUUAAAUUUAAUUAAUCUUAAUAGCCUGCAAAGCAUUGGUUUACAGUGGGGGAAAAACGUAUUUAGUCAGCCACCAAUUGUGCAAGUUCUCCCACUUAAAAAGAUGAGAGGCCUGUAAUUUUCAUCAUAGGUACACGUCAACUAUGACAGACAAAUUGAGAAAAGAAAAUCCAGAAAACCACAUUGUAGGAUUUUUUAAUGAAUUUAUUUGCAAAUUAUGGUGGAAAAUAAGUAUUUGGUCAAUAACAAAAGUUUCUCAAUACUUUGUUAUAUACCCUUUGUUGGCAAUGACACAGGUCAAACGUUUUCUGUAAGUCUUCACAAGGUUUUCACACACUGUUGCUGGUAUUUUGGCCCAUUCCUCCAUGCAGAUCUCCUCUAGAGCAGUGAUGUUUUGGGGCUGUCGCUGGGCAACACGGACUUUCAACUCCCUCCAAAGAUUUUCUAUGGGGUUGAGAUCUGGAGACUGGCUAGGCCACUCCAGGACCUUGAAAUGCUUCUUACGAAGCCACUCCUUCAUUGCCCGGGCGGUGUGUUUGGGAUCAUUGUCAUGCUGAAAGACCCAGCCACGUUUCAUCUUCAAUGCCCUUGCUGAUGGAAGGAGGUUUUCACUCAAAAUCUCACGAUACAUGGCCCCAUUCAUUCUUUCCUUUACACGGAUCAGUCGUCUUGGUCCCUUUGCAGAAAAACAGCCCCAAAGCAUGAUGUUUCUACCCCCAUGCUUCACAGUAGGUAUGGUGUUCUUUGGAUGCAACUCAGCAUUCUUUGUCCUCCAAACACGACGAGUUGAGUUUUUACCAAAAAGUUCUAUUUUGGUUUCAUCUGACCAUAUGACAUUCUCCCAAUCCUCUUCUGGAUCAUCCAAAUGCACUCUAGCAAACUUCAGACGGGCCUGGACAUGUACUGGCUUAAGCAGGGGGACAUGUCUGGUACUGCAGGAUUUGAGUCCCUGGCGGUGUAGUGUGUUACUGAUGGUAGGCUUUGUUACUUUGGUCCCAGCUCUCUGCAGGUCAUUCACUAGGUCCCCCCGUGUGGUUCUGGGAUUUUUGCUCACCGUUCUUGUGAUCAUUUUGACCCCACGGGGUGAGAUCUUGCGUGGAGCCCCAGAUCGAGGGAGAUUAUCAGUGGUCUUGUAUGUCUUCCAUUUCCUAAUAAUUGCUCCCACAGUUGAUUUCUUCAAACCAAGCUGCUUACAUAUUGCAGAUUCAGUCUUCCCAGCCUGGUGCAGGUCUACAAGUUUGUUUCUGGUGUCCUUUGACAGCUCUUUGGUCUUGGCCAUAGUGGAGUUUGGAGUGUGACUGUUUGAGGUUGUGAACAGGUGUCUUUUAUACUGAUAACAAGUUCAAACAGGUGCCAUUAAUACAGGUAACGAGUGGAGGACAGAGGAGCCUCUUAAAGAAGAAGUUACAGGUCUGUGAGAGCCAGAAAUCUUGCUUGUUUGUAGGUGACCAAAUACUUAUUUUCCACCAUAAUUUGCAAAUAAAUUCAUUAAAAAUCCUACAAUGUGAUUUUCUGGAUUUUUUUUCUCAAUUUGUCUGUCAUAGUUGACGUGUACCUAUGAUGAAAAUUACAGGCCUCUCAUCUUUUUAAGUGGGAGAACUUGCACAAUUGGUGGCUGACUAAAUACUUUUUUUCCCCACUGUACCUCCAGAAUUUCCCGGUGGUGUUCCAUGGUGUAGCUGGUCGUGAUGAGCGAGAGGACACCAGUCCAUCUUUCUUUAACGUGGCGGAGGUCGAGGUGCUGAUGGACUACCUCAAGAAGCUGCUGCAGGGGCAGGGCAAGAGGGUCCUCGCCACAAUCUCACCCAAAGACAUCGGCAUCAUCGCCCCCUAUAGGAAACAGGUGGGAAUGCACCCUACAGGAUAUAAUAUGUACUGAACAAAAACAAAAACGAAACAUGCAACAAUUUCAAAGGUUUUACUGAGUUAUGGUUUAUAUAAGGAAAUCAGUCAAUUUAAAUAAAUUAAUUAGGCCCUAAUCUAUGGAUUUUACAUGACUGGGAAUACAGAUAUGCAUCUGUUGGUCACAGAUAACUUUAAAAAAGGUAGGGUUGUAGAUCAGAAAACCAGUCAGUAUCUGGUGUGACCACCAUUUUCCUCAUGCAGCGAGACACAUCUCCUUCACAUAGAGUUGAUCAGGCUGUUGAUUGUGGCCUGUGGAAUGUUGUCCCACUCCUCUUCAAUGGCUGUGCGAAGUUGCUGGAUAUUGGCGUGAAUUGGAACACAAUGUCGUACACGUCGAUCCAGAGCAUCCCAAACAUGCUCAAUGGGUGACAUGUUUGGUGAGUAUGAAGGCCAUGGAAGAACUGGGACAUUUUCAGCUUCCAGGAAUUGUGUACAUACUGUAUCCUUGCGACAGGGGCCGUGCAUUAUCAUGCUGAAACAUGAGGUGAUGGCGGCGGAUGAAUGGCAUGACAAUGGGCUUCAGGAUCUCGUCACAGUAUCUUUGUGCAUUCAAAUUGCCAUCGAUAAAAUGUAAUUGUGUUCGUAGUCCAUAGCUUAGCCUGCCCAUACCAUAACCCCACCGUCACAAUGGGGCACUCUGUUUACAAUGUUGACAUUAGCAAACCGCUCGCCCACUUGACGCCAUACACUUGGUCUGUGGUUGUACUGCCAAAUUCUCUAAAAUGACGUUUGAGGCGGCUUAUGGUAGAGAAAUUAACAUUACAUUAUCUGGCAACAGCUCUGGUGGACAUUCCUGCAGUCAGCAUGCCAAUUGCACGCUCCCUCAACUUGAGACAUCUGUGGCUUUGUGUUGUGUGACAAAACUGCACAUUUUAGAGUGGCCUUUUAUUGUCCCAGCACAAGGUGCACCUGUGUAAUGAUCAUGCUGUUUAAUCAGCUUCUUGAUAUACCAGACCUGACAGGUUGAUGAAUUAUCUUGGUAAAUGAUAAAUGCUCACUAACAGGGAUGUAAACACAAUUGUGCACAAAAUCUGAGAGAAAUACGCUUUUUGUGCAUAUGGAACAUUUCUGGGAUUUUUUAUUUCAGCUCAUGAAACAUGGGAACAAGACAUUGUUGCAUUUAUUUUUGUUCAGUACAAAUACAGUUGAAGUCGGAAGUUUACAUACACUUAGGUUGGAGUCAUUAACUCGUUUUUCAACCACUCCACAUAUUUCUUGUUAACAAACUAUAGUUUUGGCAAGUCGGUUAGGACAUCUACUUUGUGCAUGCCACAAGUCAUUUUUCCAACAAUUGUUUACAGACAGAUUAUUUCACUUACAACUCACUGAAAUCACAAUUCCAGUGGGUCAGAAGCUUACAAAUGGGUCUUGCAAAUGGACAAUGACCCCAAGCAUACUUCCAAAGUUAUGGCAAAAUGGCUUAAGGACAACAAAGUCAAGGUAUUGGAGUGGACAUCAAAGCCCUGACCUCAAUCCUAUAGAACAUUUGUGGGCAGAACUGAAAAAGCAUGUGCGAGCAAGGAGGCCUACAAACCUGACUCAGUUACACCAGCUCUGUCAGGAGGAAUGGGCCAAAAUUCACCCAACUUAUUGUGGGAAGCUUGUGGAAGGCUACCCGGAACGUUUGACCCAAGUUAAACAAUUUAAAGGCAAUACUACCAAAUACUAAUUGAGUGCAUGUAAACUUCUGACCCACUGGGAAUGUGAUGAAAGAAAUAAAAGCUGAAAUAUAAUAAUAGUAGAGAAUUAUUUGACAUUUCACAUUCUUAAAAUAAAGUGGUGAUCCUAACUGACCUAAGACAGAUACUUUUUACUAGGAUUAAAUGUCAGGAAUUGUGAAAAACUGUGUUUAAAUGUAUUUGGCUAAGGUGUAUGUAAACUUCCGACUUCAACUUUAACUCUAACCCUAUAGGACCAACAGCCUAACCCUAUAUAAUGUAUAUAACCCUAACCAUAUAGAGGGCCUGGUCACCAUAUGACCCAGCGACAUCUGCAUCAUCGCAACCUAUAGAAUACAGGUGGGAACCCACCCUAUAGGAUAAAAAAUAUAUAUAUAUACACACACACACACACACACACACACACACACACACACACACACACACACACACACACACACACAACUGGUCCAAUGUUUUAGAACACCUACUCAUUCAAGGGUUUUUCUUUAUGUUUACUAUUUUCUACAUUGUAGAUAAUAGUGAAGACAUCAAAACUAUGAAAUAACACAUAUGGAAUCAUUUAGUAACCAAAAAAGUGUUAAACAUAUCAAAAUAUAUUUUAUAUAUGAGAUUCUUCAAAGUAGCCACCCUUUGCCUUGACAGCUUUGCACACUCUUGGCAUUCUUUCAACCAGCUUCAUGAGGAAUGCUUUUCCAACAGUCUUGAAGGAGUUCCCAGAUAUGCUGAGCACUUGUUGGCUGCUUUUCCUUCACUCUGCCGUCCAACUCAUCCCAAACCAUCUCAAUUGGGUUGAGGUCGGGUGAUUGUGGAAGCGAGGUCAUCUGAUGCAGCACCAUCACUCUCCUUCUUGGUCAAAUAGCCCUUACACAACCUGUAGGUGUUUUGGGUCAUUGUCCUGUUGAAAAACAAAUGAUAGUCCCACUAAGCGCAAACCAGAUGGGAUGGCGUAUCGCUGCAGAAUGCUGUGGUAGCCAUGCUGGUUAAGUGUGCCUUGAAUUCUAAAUAAAUCACAGACAUUGUCACCAGCAAAGCACCCCCACACUAUCGUAGCUCAUAUAGUGUUUGUAUCUGUGUGAAGGUGGAGAAGAUCCGUAAAGCCUUGAAGACGCUGGAGAAAGACUUCAAAUCUACCAGCAUCAAAGACCUGAAGGUAUGGAGACAUUACUAAAUCAAUCAAUCUCUGUGUCUGUCUGUCUCUCUGUGUCUGGUCUGUCUCUGUCGCUGCAAUUCCACGGUAACAGAGUGAUGCUGAGACUUAGAUUUUUCACUUUAAAAUGUAUGCCAAACAAAAACCAAUGAUUGCAAAGUUAAACAAACCACAUUUACUUGUUUGGUAACAGAAUGACGGCACCAACAGCACAAACCGUAAUUCUGUUUUUCAAGUAAAUGUGUUUUUCUACAAUUUUCUGUGGAAAUUGUUACAAGUAGUCCUUGUGCUAGAGAUGUAUGUUUAACUUGGCAAUCAUUGGUUUUUGUUUGACAUACAUUUUAAAGUGAAAGAUCUGAGUCUUAAGCAUCACUCUGUUACUGUGGAAUUGUCCCUAUCUCUUUCUCUCUCUUCUCACUACUGAAUCUCUGUCAAUCUGUUAUCUUUAACCCUUUACACUUGUGGUAAUAGGCCUAUAUUGAUAUGAGAAGUAUAUGCAUACCCCCCACCAGGUCUCUGAUCACUACUUUGUUUCCUUUUCUGUCUCCCUCUCCCCCAACCCUACCCACUCAGCCCCUACCCAGAUGUUAAUGCACUGUCGCUCUCUCUCUCCCACUACUCUCUCCUCUUCUAUCCUAUCAUCUCUCCCUUCUGCUAAAUCUCCCUCCUGUCUCCUGAUUCUGCCUCUUCGACCCUACUCUCCUCCCUUUCCGCAUCCGAUGACACUGUCCCCUUUCCUCCCGUCCGGCUCGACCUAUGACACUGUCCCCUUUCCGGCUCAACCCUCCCUUCCUGCUCCAUGGCAGAGUGACUCAUUGCAUGCUUACAGAACAGGGCUGGGGAAGCUGAGCGAAAAUGGAGGGAAACGAAAUAUCCGGAGGACCUAUCAUCCUUUCACUCCCUCCUCUAUACCUUCUCUUCCUCUGUAUCCGCUGCUAAAGCCACUUUCUAUCACUCUAAAUUUCAAGCUUCUGCCUCUAACCCUAGGAAACUAUUUUCCACCUUCUCCCUCCUUAAUCCUCCACCCCUCCUCCCUCUCUGCAGAUGACAUCAUCAACCACUUUGAAAAGAAGGUUGAUGACAUCUGCCUCUCAUUCACUCAGCAUAUUGAGUCCACUGGUCCCACUCACACAGAACUACCCUAUGCCUUGACCUCUUUCUCCCGUCUCUCUCCAGAGGAAAUGCUACGACUAGUGAGGUCGACAGUUUCCCCUUGAAGCUAGGACAGCAGAGUCCCUGCCCAUCUUCUGAAAACACCUGAAACCCUACCUCUUCAGAGAUUCUUAAAUAAUCCCACAGCACACCUUCUCACACCCCCUCCCCCCUCCCCACACCCUAACACUCACACUUUACUUUUUUCCCCCUUACUAGCUCUGACUUUGCUGAUAGUUACUUUAUUGAGGAAAAAUGUACUUACUAUGACUGAUAUGUGGUUGUCCCACAUAGCUAUUUUAAGAUGAAUGCAAUAACUGUAAGUCGCUCUCGAUAAGAGUGUCUGCUAAAUGAGUAAAAUGUAAAUGUAAAAUAUAGCAAUUGAAAGGGAACACUUUGGAGAUUAUGGGGAAAUUAUAAGACCAAAGGUGAGGACAGUUCACCUGACACAAGACUGAAUCCAAAAAUUACACUGUUGAUUUUAUGUGCAAUUUAUAUUUAAUGUACUUUUCGCAGCAUUUGUCAAACAAAUUCCCAAAAAAAUGUCUGGAUACAUUCAGUAACAUAUUAAGAAUAUUCAUGGGAAAAUCUGGGGUAGGUGCAACAUGAGACAAAAAAAUUACAAGGGUUUGAAUAAGAGGUGUAACUGGUGUCUUCAAGUGGCCACACCUCUCCAAAGUGUGGACAGUUACUAAAUAAUUUCAAUGCACUUUUAUAAUCCAAGGAAAGAGCCUUCAACUAUUAGGUGCUUUUUUGAGCUCUCCUAGCUGUGCCGUUGAGGAACUGAAGCAAGCACACUUGUAUUUUUUGGUUUGGAAUACAACCCUGCAACCCCAUCAUCACACAAUUACUGUUGUUUACGCAAUCCAAAAACGGUCCAUUCAUAAAUCGCAAUCUGGGUAGGAGGUCAUCAUUUGAAAGCUUAUUCUAUUGCCAACAUGACUAGCUAAAUUAUAAAAUACCAUCUCACAGUGCUAGGCUUUCACAAGGCACUUCAGAGAAACAGAAAUGAAUUUUGGUGCGCUUAGAAUGGAUUCAUGAGUGCAUUCAGGCGCGUGUUCCGCUGCAAAUUUUCUUCACAAUAGGACAAAUGACGUCAUGUCAUCCUUAUAACUGUAAAUCAAACAUAGCGAUCCUAAAUGUUGAUUCUGUAGAUUACAUGAGUUUUAUAAAUAUGGAAAUGUGAAGUGCACAUUUGGACUCACGGGUGUGUGGUUUGCUUGUUUGACAUCAAAGUGGUGUUUAUUAUCGUCGUCAACGUCUCAUCUUUCAGAACAUAUCAAGUCCUCUUGAAUUACAGCAUUCCCCUUUCUCAGACAACAAAACAUUAGGGGGCGGGAUUGGGGCAUCUUGUUGUGCUUGGUGCUCACAUUUAAAGCGUCUGUCAGUUGAAUCCCAUACAGCGCUGUGAAGCGGAGACCCUGAACUCUGACGUAAUGUAUCACAUGUUACUGUACAGCCACUGUGUUCCAAUUUAGGUGCUUAAUUUAGGCGCUUAUCAGUGACUUAGUCUGCCAUUUUCAACCCGUUGUGAGUGUAAAGGGCUACAGAUAUUUGCGGUGGCUAAUCAACGGUAAAUAAGUGAAUUGUUUCACCCCACAGUUAGCCAGCAUAUUUAACUAGCAGCUAAAAUUGUUAACAAACUGUAAACCAUCUCCCCUACACUCUUCUACUAGCUACAGUAGCACUGCCAUGUCAAUAACAUGUCUCCAGUUGUUUACAUUUAGCUAUUGUGAUGCACCUUCCAUGCUUAUUGUGAGGCAUGUGUGUGCGGGGCUGUGUUCGGAGCUAAACUGUGUGUGUGUGUGUCUGUCUGUCAGGUGGGAUCAGUGGAGGAGUUCCAGGGUCAGGAGAGGAGGGUGAUACUGGUCUCAACGGUCCGCAGUAGCGCCAAGUACGUCCAGACAGACCAACACUUCAGCCUCGGCUUCGUCAAAAAUGAGAAGGUACACAUACCUCAUUCAAGGGUUUUUCUUUAUUUUUACUAUUUUUUACAUUGUAGAACAAUAGUGAAGACAUCAAAACUAUGAAAUAACACAUAUGGAAUCAUGCAGUAUAAAAAAGUGUUAAACAAAUCAGAAUAUAUUUGAGAUUUGAGAUUCUUCAAAGUAGCCACCCUUUGCCUUGAUGACAGCUUUGCACACUCUUGCAUUCUCUUAACCAGCUUCACCUGGAAUGCUUUUCCAACAGUCUUGAAGGAGUUCCCACAUAUGCUGAGCACUUGUUGGCUGCGUUUCCUUCACUCUGCGGUCUAACUCAUCCCAAACCAUCUCAAUUGGGUUGAGGUCGGGCGAUUUGUGGAGGCCAGGUCAUCUGAUGCAGCACUCCAUCACUCUCCUUCUUGGUCAAAUAGCCGUUACACAGACUGGAUGUGUGUUGGGUCAUUGUCUUGUUGAAAAGCAAAUGAUAGUCCCACUAAGCGCAAACCAGAUGGGAUGGCAUAUCGCUGCAGAAUGCUGUGGUAGCCAUGCUGAUUAAGUGUGCCUUGAAUUCUAAAGAAAUCACUGACAGUGUCACCAGUAAAGCACCCCUACACCAUCACACCUCCUCCUCCAUGCUGCACGGUGGGAAACACACAUGUGGAGAUCAUCCGUUCACCUACUCUGCAUCUCACAAAGACAUUUGGACUAAUGUCCAUUGCUCAUGUUUCUUGGCCCAAGCAAGUCUCUUCUUCUACUUGUCCUUUAGUAGUGGUUUCUUUGCAGCAAUUCGACCAUGAAGGCCUGAUUCACACAGUCUCCUCUGAACACUUGAUGUUGAUGUGUCUAUUACUUGAACUCUGUGAAGCAUUUAUUUGGGCUGCAAUUUCUGAGGCUGGUAACUCUAAUUAACUUAUCCUCUACAGCAGAGGUAACUCUUGGUCUUCCUCUCCUGUGGCGGUCCUCAUGAGAGCCAGUUUCAUCAUAGCACUUGAUGGUUUUUGCGACUGCACUUGAAGAAACUUUCAAAGUUCUUGAAACUUUCCGGAUUGACUGACCUUAAUGUCUUAAAGUAAUGAUGGACUGUCGUUUCUCUUUGCUUAUUUGAGCUGUUCUUGCCAUAAUAUGGACUUGGGCUAUCUUCUGUAUACCACCCCUACCUUGUCACAACACAACUGAUUGGCUCAAACGCAUUAAGAAGGAAACAAAUUAACUUUUAACAAGGCACACCUGUUAAUUGAAAUGCAUUCCAGGUGACUACCUCAUGAAGCUGCUCGAGAGAAUGCCAAGAGUGUGCAAAGCUGUCAUCAAGGCAAAGCGUGGCUACUUUGAAGAAUCUCAAAUAUAAAAUAUUUUGAUUUGUUUACCACUUUUUUUUUAGUUACUACAUGAUUCCAUAUGUGUUAUUUCAUAGUUUUGAUGUCUUCACUAUUAUUCUACAAUGUAGAAAAUAGUAAAAAUAAAGAAAAACCCUUGAAUGAGUAGGUGUUCUAAAACUUUUGACCGGUAGUGUAUAUCACUUUAUUUGUGCACUGUUAUAUAUGUGGCAGUGUCACAAAAUACUGCACACACACACACCAUGUAUCGACACAAGUGGUUCCCAAAUUCGGGGUUUGAACCCUAUGUGGGUACCCUGAGAUUAAAAUGGGGUCCCCUGAGGAGAAAAUCUGUAAUCUUAAACAAAUAACUUUUCUCUCUUCAAAUUGGUAUAGAACACAACCUUCUAGUGUCAAAUAAGGGCCUUUUACACUAUUAGAAUGUGCUUUCAUGGCAUUAUUGUGUGUUUGGGACAGCCUGCAGGACCUAAAAUUGAGUGAUUUAUACACAGCGUUAACUAAGGAAUAUAAUUUUCUAGUGUCAAUUUGGAGUUGUGUGCAGAAACACUUUGAUCUACACACACACACACACCACAGUGAUAGUUCUGACCUCAUGCUCUCCUCUAUCUGUCCAGCGGUUCAACGUGGCGGUGACCAGAGCCAAAGCCCUGCUGAUCGUGGUGGGAAACCCCUUAGUGCUGCGAGGAGACCCCACUUGGGGCAGGUACGUACUGACCCUAACCCUUAGUUCUGAGAGGAGACCCCACAUGGGGCCGGUACAUACUGCCCCUAACCCUUAGUGCUGAGAGGAGACCACACCUGGGGAAGGUACAUACUGACCCUGACCCUUAACCCUUAGUGCUGAGAGGAGACCCCACCUGGGGCAGGUAAGGACUGACCCUAACCCUUAUAGCUUGGGGGUAGAAGCUGUUAAGAAGCCUUUUGGACCUAGACUUGCCGUGCGGUAGCAGAGAGAACAGUCUGACUAGGGUGGCUGGAGUCUUUGGCAAUUUUUAGGGCCUUCCUCUGACACCGCCUGGUAUAAAGGUCCUGAAUGGCAGGAAGCUUGGCCUCAGUGAUGUACUGGGCCGUACGUACUACCCUCUGUAGUGCCUUGUGGUCGGAGGCCGAGCAGUUGCCAUACCAGGCGGUGAUGCAACCAGUCAGGAUGCUCUCGAAUGGUGCAGUUGUAUAACUUUUUGAGGAUCUGAGGACCCAUGCCAAAUCUUUUCAGUCUCCUGAGGGGGAAUAGGCUUUGUCGUGCACUCUUCACGACUGUCUUGGUGUGUUUGGACCAUGAUAGUUUGUUGGUGAUGUGGACACCAAGGAACUUGAAGCUCUCAACCUGCUCCACUACAGCCCCGUCGAUGAGAAUGGGGGAGUGCUCGGUCCUCCUUUUCCUGUAGUCCACAAUCAUCUCCUUUGUCUUGAUCACGUUGAGGGAGAGGUUUUUAUCCUGGCACCACACGGCCAGGUCUCUGACCUCCUCCCUAUAGGCUGUCUCAUCGUUGUUGGUGAUCAGGCAUACCAUUGUUGUGUCGUCGGCAAACUUAGUGCUUGGCCAUGCAGUCAUGGGUGAACUGGGAGUACAGGAGGGGACUGAGCACGCACCCCUGAGGGGGCCCCCGUGUUGAGGAUCAGCGUGGCAGAUGUGUUGUUACCUACCCUUACCACAUUUACAUUUUAGUCAUUUAGCAGACGCUCUUAUCCAGAGCGACUUACAGUUAGUGAAUAUAUAUAUAUAUAUAUAUAUAUAUAUAUUUUUUCUUUUUUAUACUGGCCCCCCGUGGGAAUCGAACCCACAACCCUGGCGUUGCAAACGCCAUGCUCUAUCAACUGAGCUACAUCCCUGCCGGCCAUUCCCUCCCCUACCCUGGACGACGCUGGGCCAAUUGUGCGCCGCCCAUGAGUUUCCCGGUCGCGGCCGGCUGCAACAGAGCCUGGAUUCGAACCAGGAUCUCUAGUGGCACAGUUAGCACUGCGAUGCAGUGCCUUAGACCACUGCGCCACUCAGGAGGUAUAGGGAGGUGUUUAGUCCCAGGGUUCUUAGCUUAGUGAUGAGCUUUGAGGGCACUAUGGUGUUGAACGCUGAGCUGUAGUCAAUUAAUAGCAUUCUCACGUAGAUGUUCCUUUUAUCCAGGUGGGAAAGGGCAGUGUGGAGUGCAAUAGAGAUUGCAUCAUCUGUGGAUCUGUUGGAGCGUUAUGCAAAUUGAGUGGGUCUAGAGUUUCUGGGAUAAUGGUGUUGAUGUGAGCCAUAACCAGCCUUUCAAAGCACUUCAUGGCUACAGAUGUGAGUGCUACGGGUCGGUAGUCAUUUAGGCAGGUUACCUUAGUGUUCUUGGGCACAGGGACUAUGGUGCUUUGCUUGAAACAUGUUGGUAUUACAGACUCAGUCAGGGACAGGUUGAAAAUGUCAGUGAAGACACUUGCCAGUUGGUCAGUGCAUGCUCGGAGUACACGUCCUGGUAAUCCGUCUGGCCCUGCGGCCUUUUGAAUGUUGACAUGUUUUAAAGGUCUUACUCACAUCAACUAUAGAGAGCGUGAUCACACAGUCGUCUGGAACAGCUGAUGCUCUCAUGCAUGCUUCAGUGUUGCUUGCUUCGACGCGAGCAUAGAAGUUAUUUAGCUCGUCUGGUAGGCUCGUGUCACUGGGCAGCUCGCGCUGUGCUUCCCUUUGUAGUCCGUAAUAGCCCUGCCACAUCCGACGUGCGUUUGAGCCGGUGUAGUACGAUUCAAUCUUAGUCCUGUAUUGACGCUUUGCCUGUUUGAUGGUUCGUCGGAGGGCAUAGUGGGAUUUCUUAUAAGUGUCCGGGUUAGAGUCCUGCUCCUUGAAAGCGGCAACUCUACCCUUUAGCUCAGUGCGGAUGUUCCCUGUAAUCCAUGGGGUAUGUACAGUGAGAGGAAAAAAGUAUUUGAUCCCCUGCUGAUUUUGAAUGUUUGCCCACUGACAAAUAAAUUAUCAGUCUAUAAUUUUAAUGGUAGGUUUAUUUGAACAGUGAGAGACAGAAUAACAACAAAAAAAUCCAGAAAAACGCAUGUCAAAAAUGUUAUAAAUUGAUUUGCAUUUUAAUGAGGGAAAUAAGUAUUUGACCCCCUCUCAAUCAGAAAGAUUUCUGGCUCCCAGGUGUCUUUUAUACAGGUAACGAGCUGAGAUUAGGAGCACACUCUUAAAGGGAGUGCUCCUAAUCUCAGUUUGUUACCUGUAUAAAAGACACCUGUCCAAAGAAGCAAUCAAUCAAUCAGAUUCCAAACUCUCCACCAUGGCCAAGACCAAAGAGCUCUCCAAGGAUGUCAGGGACAAGAUUGUAGACCUACACAAGGCUGGAAUGGGCUACAAGACCAUCGCCAAGCAGCUUGGUGAGAAGGUGACAACAGUUGGUGCGAUUAUUCGCAAAUGGAAGAAAAACAAAAGAACUGUCAAUCUCCCUCGGCCUGGGGCUCCAUGCAAGAUCUCACCUCGUGGAGUUGCAAUGAUCAUGAGAACGGUGAGGAAUCAGCCCAGAACUACACAGGAGGAUCUUGUCAAUGAUCUCAAGGCAGCUGGGACCAUAGUCACCAAGGAAACAAUUGGUAACACACUGUGCUGUGAAGGACUGAAAUCCUGCAGCGCCCGCAAGGUCCCCCUGCUCAAGAAAGCACAUAUACAGGGCCGUCUGAAGUUUGCCAAUGAACAUCUGAAUGAUUCAGAGGAGAACUGGGUGAAAGUGUUGUGGUCAGAUGAGACCAAAAUCGAGCUCUUUGGCAUUAACUCAACUCGCCGUGUUUGGAGGAGGAGGAAUGCUGCCUAUGACCCCAAGAACACCAUCCCCACCGUCAAACAUGGAGGUGGAAACAUUAUGCUUUGGGGGUGUUUUUCUGUUAAGGGACAACUUCGCUGCAUCAAAGGGACGAUGGACGGGGUCAUGUACCGUCAAAUCUUGGGUGAGAACCUCCUUCCCUCAGCCAAGGCAUUGAAAAUGAGUUGUGGGUGGGUAUUCCAGCAUGACAAUUACCCAAAACACACAGCCAAGGCAACAAAGGAGUGGCUCAAGAAGAAGCACAUUAAGGUCCUGGAGUGGUCUCCAGACCUUAAUCCCAUAGAAAAUCUGUGGAGGGAGCUGAAGGUUCGAGUUGCCAAACGUCAGCCUCGAAACCUUAAUGACUUGGAGAAGAUCUGCAAAGAGUAGUGGGACAAAAUCCCUCCUGAGAUGUGUGCAAACCUGGUGGCCAACUACAAGAAACGUCUGACCUUUGAUUGCCAACAAGGGUUUUGCCACCAAGUACUAAGUCAUGUUUUGCAGAGGGGUCAAAUACUUAUUUCCCUCAUUAAAAUGCAAAUCAAUUUAUAACAUUUUUGGCAUGCGUUUUUCUGGAUUUUUUUUGUUUGUUAUUCUGUCUCUCACUGUUCAAAUAAACCUACCAUUAAAAUUAUAGACUGAUCAUGUCUUUGUCAGUGGGCAAACGUACAAAAUCAGCAGGGGAUCAAAUACUUUUUUCCCUCACUGUACGUACGGUCACUGUGGUGACGACGUCAUCGAUGCACUAAUUGAUGAAGCCAGUGACUGAUGUGGUGUACUCCUCAAUUUCAUCGGAAGAAUCCCGGAACAUAUUCCAGUAGGUGCUAGCAAAACAGUCCUGUAGCUUAGCAUCUGCAUCAUCUGACCACUGGUACUUCCUGCUUUAGUUUUUGCUUGUAAGCAGGAAUCAGGAGGAUAGAAUUAUGGUCAGAUUUGCCAAAUGGAGGGCGAGGGAGAGCUUUGUACGCAUCUCUGUGUGUGGAGUAGUGGUCUAGUUUUUAUUUUUUAUUUAAUUUUUCUCUUGUUGCACAUAUAACAUGCUGAUAGAAAUUAGGUAAAACGGAUUUAAGUAUCCAUGCAUUAAAUUCCCCAGCCACAAACACAGUAAUUAUGACAACUUCCGGAGGACGUCCUCCAACCUAUCAGAGCUCUUGCAGCAUGAACUGGCAUGUUGUCCACCCAAUCGAAGGAUCAGAGAAUUAAUCUAGUACUAAACGCAUAAGCUACAGCUAGCUAGCACUGCAGUGAAUAAAAUGUGGUGAGUUGUUGACUCAAAGAGAGAAAUAAAAUAGUUGCACAGUUUUGAACACAUUUAUUUCUUCCAAAAUUAAGGAGAAGCAGGAGCGAGAGGGAGAGAUUUGGUUGUAUUUUAUUUUCACUUAGCUAGCCAAUGCAGCUAUCUAGUUUAGCCUACUCAAACACCCGGCUAAGAGAGGGAUACUAUGUUAGCUGACUAUGGCUAUCCAACACUAGAACUCUUCCAAGUCCAGGUAAGCUUUUGGUUUUAUAAAUGUAUUGCCACCGGGGCUUGCCAGUGUAACUGCUAAAAUGCUUAUGCAGCUAGCUAGUUUAGCCUACUUAAACACUCUACUCAAACAAAGAGGGAUGCUAUGUUAGCUAGCUGGCUACUGGGGAGGAGUAUUUGUCUGUAAUAAAGCCCUUUUCUGGGGAAAAACUCAUUCUGAUUGGCUGGGCCUGGCUCCCCAGUGGGUCGGCCUACCUCCCAAGUGGAUGGACCUAUGCCCACCCAUGGCUGUGCGCUUGCCCAGUCAUGUGAAAUCCAUAGAUUAGGGCCUAAUUUAUUUAUUUCAAUUGACUGAUUUCCUUAUGAACUGUAACUUAGUAAAACCUUUGAAAUUGUUGCAUGUUGCGUUUUAUAUUUUUGGUUCAGUAUAGAUGCAGGCAAGAGUGUGCAAGGCGGUAUUGAAUGUGUCACUGUCUGUCACCUUCAUUACUCAAAAUUCUCUCGACCUGUGUACCUACGUUGUAAACUUUCAUUCAUAGGCUAGGUUGUAGCAACCUCAUGAUGGGUACAGGGAAAAUGUGAGUAUCAUGUAGUAAACCUAUCGACGUUACAUUGAGCUGGGUGAAUGGAAUAUGAAUGACAGUCAUCCAAUAUGCUGUAAUAGAAAUAAGGCCAUGCUCAUAAAAAAUCAUAAUCAUCCUCCCUCAUCUUAAACGGCACCGACCGCCACUGGUGCGUACUGACCCUAACCCUUAAUGCUGAGAGGAGGUCCAUCUGGGGCAGGUACGUCCUGACCCCUAACCUUUAGGGCUGAGAGGAGACUACACCUGGGGCAGGUACAUACUGACCCUAACUGAGGACCACAUUGGAAAUAAGUGUAUUUUACUUUUAAUCAGUCUGUCUGCAUAUUUCAAGACAUGGCAUAUGAGGGUGCAGUGAGAUACCCGAUGGGUUGGAUGAUACUUUUCUCGUCAAUCAUCUUGAAAAAAUGUAUACUUAAACACUGUAAAUCAACCAAUUCUCCAUUGUUAAAACAAUGGAAAGUUCAAAUGCUUUAUUAUAUAAAUGUUGAAAGUGCGUGGGCGACAGAGAGAAACAAAUUGAGGCCAUGUGGCGAAAAGUGAUGCGGGCGCUGGAGAUGGAGGAGUGAGCAUGUGGGUCUGGGCAGGUAUGAUAUAGUUGAUGAUUGUGUGAUCUUGUUGUUUGUAUGUGUAUGUUUUGUAUUGUUUAAAAAUAUAUAUAUACAGACAGUACCAGUCAAAAGGUUAGACACCUACUCAUUCAAGGGUAUUUCUUAAUUUGUACUAUUUUAUACAUUGUAGAAUAAUAGUGAAGACAUCAAAACUAUGAAAUAACACAUGGAAUCAUGUAGUAACCAAAGAAGUGUUAAACAAAUCAAAAUAUUUUAGAAUCUUCAAAGUAGCCACCCUUUGCCUUGAUGACAGCUUUGCACACUCUUGGCAUUCUCUCAGCCAGCUUCACCUGGAAUGCUUUUCCAACAUUCUUGAAGGAGUUCCCACAUAUGCUGAGCACUUGUUUGCUGCUUUUCCUUCACUCUGCGGUCCAACUCAUCCCAAACCAUCUCAAUUGGGUUGAGGUCUGGUGAUUGUGGAGGCCAAGUCAUCUGAUGCAGCACUCCAUCACUCUCCUUCUUGGUCAAAUAGCCCUUACACAGCCUGUAGGUGUGUUGGGUCAUUGUCCUGUUGAAAAACAAAUGAUAGUCCCACUAAACACAAACCAGAUGGGAUGGCGUUUCGCUGCAGAAUGCUGUGGUAGCCAUGCUGGUUAAGAGUGCCUUGAAUUCUAAAUAAAUCACUGACAGUGUCACAAGGAGAGCACCAUCACACCACCACCUCCAUGCUUCAUGGUGGGAACCACACAUGCAGAGAUCAUCCGUUCACCUACUCUGCGUCUCACAAAGACACGGCGGUUGGAACCAAAAAUCUCCAAUUUGGAUUCCAGACCAAAGGACAGAUUUCCACCGGUCUAAUGUCCAUUGCUCAUGUUUCUUGGCCCAAGCAAGUCUCUUCUUCUAAUUGGUGUCCUUUUAGUAGGGGUUUCUUUGCAGUAAUUCGACCAUGAAGGCCUGAUUCACACAGUCCCCUCUGAACAGUUGAUGUUGAGAUGUGUCUGUUACUUGAACUCUGUGAAGCAUUUAUUUGGGCUGCAAUUUCUGAGGCUCUAAUGAACUUAUCCUCUGCAGCAGAGGUAACUCUGGGUCUUCCUUUCCUGUGGCGGUCCUCAUGAGAGCCAGUUUCAUCAUAGUGCUUGAUGGUUUUUGCGACUGCACUUGAAGAAAAUUUCAAAGUUAUUGACAUUUUCCGGAUUGACUGACCUUCAUGUCUUUAAAGUAAUGAUGGACUGUCAUUUCUCUUUGCUUAUUUGAGCUGUUCCUGCCAUAAUAUGGACUUGGUCUUUUACCAAAUAGGGCUAUCUUCUGUAUACCAACCCUACCUUGUCACAACACAACUGAUUUGGCUCAAAUGCAUUAAGAAAUAAAUACAUUCCACAAAUUAACUUUUAACAAGGCACACCUGUUAAUUGAAAUGCAUUCCAGGUGACUACCUCAUGAAGCUGGUUGAGAGAAUGCCUAGAGUGUGCAAAGCUGUCAUCAAGGCAAAGGGUGGCUAUUUGAAGAAUCUCAAAUAUAAAAUAUUUUGAUUUGUUUAACACUUUUUUUUUGAUGAUUCCAUAUGUGUUAUUUCAUAGUUUUGAUGUCUUCACUAUUAUUCUACAAUGUAGAAAAUAGUAAAAAUAAAGAGAAACCCUGGAAUGAGUAGGUGUGUCCAAACUUUUGACUGGUGGUGUAUAUAUCUUACCAAAAAAAAAGGAAAUAAGUGUAUUAAACACUUUCAAGCGUCAUCCUCUGGGACUUUUAAACUGUUGAAUUGGAAAAAAAGAAAUCACCUAAGGAACUCUAACCUCUCUCUCUUCCCCCUCCAGGUUCCUCCAGUUCUGUUCCCAGGCGGGGGGGAAGACAGGGUUUGACUCCUCCCAGGCUGAGGGAGAGGAGGAGGUGGUGGAACGACUAGCUGCCCUCUGCUUACAGGCUGAGCCCCAAGGUAACACACACAGACAAACACACACAAAUGCACGUACACUUCAAACUGUUCAGAAAUAUAAAAUAAAUGUUUAAUUUUGGAGGUUAACUGUUUGCUUCUCUUUUUCUCUCACUCACUCACUCACUCACUCACACACACACAUGGUCAUCCAGUGGAGACAGAGGAGAGUGAGGUUCAGCAGCAGAUUGAACCAGAGUGGAGGAACGAGCAGUGAGAGACACACACACACCUCAUGCAGGCACAUCAUAGAGGAGACCCAACAACAGUACUCUUCUUGCUAACAGCUAGAGACACCAAUGACAUCAUCCCUAGAACAGAUGUUUUCAAAGUGUGAGGCACGCUUCCUCCAGAGAGUUUCAUGUAAGGAAAGCUAAAUAAAACGGUAUUCAGUUCUCUAAUAAUGAAUAAAUAUUAAGCCUGUUUCUAACUAUAGGCAGGGGGGGAAAACACAAAUUUUUUAAGCAGUUUUAAUGGCUACAUUUAAAAAGAGGGUUGUCCCAGCUUUUGGUUGUCUUGCUGUUCUCUGAAUGAAUGCCCACUGUCUCAGACUUUGAAAGCGUCUGCCCUAGUACUACUGCACUAAGUAACAUUUGAUACCAGGCCAAAGUUAUUUAUUGUAUAAUUUCAAUACCAGAUCCAGCAGUUGUUACCAUAUAGUUUCCUACUUAAUACCAGGUGAACUUCCUAUGAGAUCUAUCAGGACCAGUCCUCUAGGAUAAAGUGAAUGAAUUUAUACAAUGACUUUGUACCCUCCAUCUAUGCUGGUGCUAGUUUUAUUAGUUUGAGUCUGUUGUAUGUAGUCUUAUAGACAGAGACUGAGGCCAGGAUUCAAUCCCAUCACGUUUUGUUGGCUAUGCACCUUUUAAAGGCAAU